GAUUCUCUGCCGCGAGGGAUGCCGGGAGUUGUAGUUUAGGCGCCGGCUCGCCGUGAACUGCUGAGGAAGCGCUACGUCGGCUACACCUGGAUCCUCCCAGCUGCUGCGCCUCAUCCUCUGAAAGCGGGCGGGCGGCGACGGGCUGCUCCGUCCCGGCUCCGAGCGAGCGACGGGCCUUGUGGCGGGGAGGGAGGAGGUGGAGGAAGAAGGAUGGAGGCGGCUUGGCGCCAGGGCGGCCGGGGCCGGGGAAGGGGGAGAGCCGGAGCUGGCGGGGUCCCUGCAGGCAGCGGACCUGGCGGCCGGGGAAGGGGAAGGGGAGGCGCCUCCCCGGCCGCCGGGGCUUGUAGUAAUAACGCCUCAGGAGCCCGCGGUGAGUAUUUUCACUACCUCACACACCCACAGUGGGGGGAGGGGCAACCCCCUCAUACUCCACUUGGGGCCCAGGUGAAAUAGGAAAGGCAUGAGGUUUUUUUUUUUAUAAUUAAAAUAAAAUAAAAUGUAUUGAAGGGAGAGCAAGAAUGCAGCUCCCUGCAGCUGCUUCAAGAAGUGAUGAGUGAAUUUAUUAUUUUACACUGUGUAUGUGUGUGAGCAGAAGCUGAAAUCUUAUUUGAAGUGUAGGUAUAUAUAUCUCCAUUAGGAUACAAACCAGUUCAUAAUAGGGACCAUUUUUAUUUAAGGCGGACUCUCUUAAGCUCUGUGUUUUUAACAUGUACAGUUUACGCUUGUUUUGAUCCGUAUUAAGGUUAAUGUUAUGUUUUAUACCCUGCCUUUCUCCCUAACAGAGACUCGAGGCAGCUUACAAUAAGAGCAGUUGAAAACUGUUGGGUGGGAAAUUAUUAAAAACCACCAAUUAAGCAUUGUUAGAAUUAAGGCAAAUAUAAAAUGUAUUAAAACAGAUAAUUACAAUAAAAAGGCACCAGCCCUUCACUAAAAGCAAUUGGUUUCCCAAAGCCUGCUCAGUUAUUUGAUACAUUGGAGCUGAGAACUGGGAGCACGCCUGAUUUGUGUGGCGGCUGCUGUAAUUAUUGAACAUUUAGGUCAUUUGCGAUAUUGUUGCUGUGCUUGACAUCGCUGAACGUAUUUGAAAACUAGACAAGUAUUUUAUGCAAAUAUGCUUACAUGACGUUCAUUGACUUCCCCCAAAAGAAGCCUGGAACUGUAGUUUACCCCUCACAAAGCUUGAAGUCCCAGCACCCUUAAAACUGCAGUUCCCAGAAUUCUUGGGGGGAAGCAAUGGCCUUUAAAUGUGUGGAUGUGGAUGUGGAAUCCCCACACCGGAGAAUAGAAGCAGCUGUUUGGAGUAGAGAUGCAGCCAAUGGAUGUAUGAAGACUUAGGCAUUCCCUUCCACUGCUGCUUUGCUCCAAAAUGGCCCCUUCUGAAGCAGGAAAGAAAGCUGUUUAGGGUUUGAUUAUGCACAUUUAUGUGUAACUAUAAGUUGGGCCCUUGGAUACAAGCCAUUGUAUGCCUUCUUCACCUUUGAUGCAGAAGUGCAGGUGUAAAUGAGCUUGUAUACAUUGCUUAUGCAGUAAGAACCAGGGAAGUAUAGGCUGUGUUUCAAGAAAAUACUGAAACCAGCUGUGAAGAGUCAUGUGCCCCUUCCAAGAAUGCCAGAAGAUAAUCGAAACCGUGCCAGGGUGUGGCCUUUGUAAAAAAAAAAUCUUCCUUUUAAAGCAUCUAAUAUUUGCCUUGUUGGUUAGAUAUUUAAACAGAGUUUUUAUUAGUUGCAUUUAUUUUUCUGAAAGAUGCUGUCACAUUUUAAACUCUGUUUAAACUUUGUUCCCCUAACAGAGCUAACUUCUCAGAAAAAAUUUGAUGAAAUUAAGAAGGCUAACCAAGCUGCAGCUAGAAAGCUUGUUGAAGAUCAAUUUAGUUCCUCCUCUGAAGAAGAAGAUGAAGAUAUCAAAGGAAAACAUGGAAAAAUAUUGGCCAAGACAUUUACCACAUAUACAAAUCAAACUGGUAAAGCUUUUAUUUAUUUAUUUCACAUGCCCUUGCCUUAUAAACACCUACCUAUCACUACACUGAGAUCAUUAUUCAGAUAAUGAUUUCUUUAAUUGGCGUAGUAACUCAUUAAUGAAUGCUUAUAUUAUAGGAACCAUACAGUAUGUAUGUAUGCUCAGAAAUAUAGCUCAAUCUAUCACAAAAGUAAUGUGUAACAGUAAAUACAGCAGCUGUAGGAGACCAUAUAACACUGUUCUUAAAAGAUCUGCACUGGUUGCCUAUUCACUACCAAGCCCAAUUCAAGCUUAAAUGGCUUGGGACCUAGUUAACAGAGGGAGCCCUUCUCCAGGUAUCAUUCAGCCUGUGAGUUGAGAUUCACUGGAGAUUUGGGUGACUGAAACUUUGAAAAGGACCUACUCUUUGCUAGUCCCCUGAUUACGAAACAGUCUUCCCACAGACAUUAGUCUCUUAGUAGUCAUUAUAUGUUGGGGUUUAGAGAGGUAUGGCCUUGAUUCAUGUAUGGUUUCCAUUUCAGACCAUCAGUAAAUGUUAGCGUGGCAUUUUGUUUUACAUGGAAAUAAGAGCUUCACAAAUAAGCUUUUGAUUUAUCCUUUGGCCUCUAACAUUAGGGUAAAAUAGCACUGACUACUGCUUUGUACAAAAAACAAAAUUGUCUUCCUGUCUUGUUCAAAGAUGGAGAUGCAAGUGAACUGGAACGCACAAGGCAGUACAUGAAUGAUGCUUUUCAGUCUGGGGCAAUGACGUGCUUGAUAUGUAUUGCUUCAAUUAAGAGAAACCAAGCGGUAAGCAUCUUACACUAUAGAGUAUUGUAACAGUACCACUUCUUCAACAUUUGCUGUUUAGUUGGAAUGUAUUUGCUCUUCAGUUAGAGAGGGCAUAUAAAGAAAUAUGCUUUCGACUGCGCUGUCACUUCAUCUUUGGAAUUCCUUUCAAAAUGCUGUUGAUAGCUUCAGAAAGUGAUCAAAAGCCUCUCAUUUUACAGACAUUCGUAUUGUGGCUGGGCAUGAAAAAGUAAUUUUGUUUUAUUACUUUGACUGCCUGAAUUGGGUCCAGCUGCAGAAAUCCAACCUGUUCUCUGCAUCCCGUUACAUUUAUUUAGGGAAUCAUCAACACAUUCCCCCCUCCCCCACCUAAGAAACCACAGUAAGAGCUAGUGGUACAAUUGAAAUUACCACUUCUGAUACUAAAAUUGCCACGUGUUGAAAUCAUCAGUCAAGCUCUGGCCUUCAGCACUCUCUCACUUGUGCACUCUUGCUCGGAAUGGGAUGGAUCCUAGCCAGGACAAGCAUACUCUGAAAGGGGUCAGGUCCAAAGAAGAGUGACUUCUUUGAAGGACAAAUGGGAGAAGAGAUACUUACCUUUCUUGCACUCUGAGCUUGUUUGCACAUCACAGUAAAGCAAACUAUGGCUUACCAGGACUUUGAGAAUGUGUUGGCUCCCAGAAAGGCUCCUCUCCUGGUCUUUUUAGUGCAAUGCAAGAUUGGUUUAGUGUGUCAUCUGAACCUAGGAUCGUGGUUAAGGUAUUUCCUCCUUAACCACUGCCUGUACCAAGGUUUGUCCUCUGGUUAAUGGCUAAGGAGGAGAGACCUUAACCACAAUCCUGUGUUUGGAUGACACACUAAGCCAAACCUUGGCUUAUCUGCUUCAUUGCACUAUGCUUAAUAAUAAUAAUAAUUAAUAAUUAUAUUAUUUGUACCCUGCCCACCUGAUUGGGUAACCCCAGCGACUCUGGGCAGCUUCCAACAAAUAUAAAAGCAUAAUAAAACAUCAAAUAUUUAAAACUUCCCUAUAGAGAGCUGCCUUCAGAUGUCUUCUAAAAGUUGUAUAGUUAUUUAUCUCCUUGACAUCUGGGGGGGGGGUGUACGUUCCAGAAGGUGUAAGGCACUCUGCCUGGUUCCUGUAACCUCACUUCUCGUAGUGAGGGAACCACUAGAAGGCCCUUGGAGCUGGAACUCACUGUCCAGGCUGAAUGAUGGGGGUGGAGAUGCCCCUUCAUGUAUACAGGACCGAGGCCAUUUAGGGCUUUAAAGGUCAGCACCAACACUUCGAUGAACAUGGUGGGCUCAAGAUGCUCUCCAGGACUCAGUAUGGCCACGUGGUCUUGGUAAACUAUAGUGUGGAUUGUUGUGAAAUACAGAAAUUGUGAAAUUGUGUCUGUCAUGCUUUGACCACAUUUUUUUAAAACUACUAAUAAGUCUGUGCUCCAUUUGUUUAAACUCUAUAACAUACCCUGUAUUCAAAUACCGUAUUUAUUUGAAUGUAAUAUGCACCUUUUUUGGCCAAAUUACAUUGCGAAAAUUAGGGUGCGCAUUAGAUUCAACGGAGCAUUCGAUUCAUGUAAAUACGCUAACAAUAUAUAUUUUUUUGGAAUAAAUAAAAUGCUGCUUUACACAGCGUGAUAACAGGAUCUACAUCAGGACAUAGCACAAUAAAUAAAACCCAAUAUUCACCUUAGUUUUUUUGCAGCAGUGGGAGAGGAGGAUUGUUGCAUAUGUGUAUUGAAUUUUAUACGCCAAAUCAGCAUGUUUACUUGGAAAGGCCUUUGAAACAUCUUUAUCUGCCUUCUAGGUCUGGAGUUGUUCUGGAUGUUUCUGCAUAUUUCACAUGCCUUGCAUUCAGAAGUGGGCUAAGGAUAGCCUUUUUCUAAUAUCUUCUCCAUUGACAGAUGAUGAUUUCGGAAAGAAGGAUUAUCCAUGGCCUUGGUAGGCUUUUACGGUUUUAUUUUGAAAGCUCCUUUAUGUGGUGGGAAAACAGUACUUAAAAGAAGAGCCAGACAGCUGUAGAAUGUGUGCUCUAAUGUUGCAUUUAAUGAAAAAAUUCCUUUGCAUUUAAGUAUCUUUAGCAAUCCCAGGGUACGUUGGUGUUGUGUGCAUGAAAAAUACCAUCUCCGUGACGGAGGACUUGGCUGCUCUGUGAGCACAGCCAACUAAAGUUAAACACGUUUAAGUAGUAAUGGGGGAACUUAAAACAUUGUAAAUCAGUUGAAUCCCACACCAUUUGCUCAGAUGAAAGUUCUCUGUUUCCAGAACUUUUAGUAUAUACAGCUUUAAAGCUGGGGAAAUGCUCCUGUUGAAACAUAACAUAACCAAAAAUAAAAUAAUGUCUGAGGACAGAAAGCCUGAUUUCUUCCUUCUCUUUGCUACCCUGGUUGGUAUAAUCUGCCCUUUUGAUCUUCCCUUGAAUUUUGACCUGAAUUCUUUUCGCCUCUAGCCUUGUUUAAUGGCAAAUGUGAUCGUGUUUUGUUCUUUUGAGUGGUGCUUAGGGUUAAGCAGUUGCACAGCAGCAGUAGAGUGGAAAUGUGAAAUUUCCCUGUGAGAAUUUUGAUCUCUAACCUCUUCAUUCAGUGCACAGUUGUAAUCAUAAUGUUAGUUGAAGUAUCACAAAAAAGUCUUACUUGGGUACAAUAUGGAUGGAAGUCCAUGCACUGAGCCAGACAGCGGUUCUUUUGAGUGGGUGGUUUAUUUUUAUUUUUUGAAGAAAUAGUGUUUGGCUUCCUCCCCGUGGGAUGGAUAUCUCUGCAUCCUGUUAUAUCACUGGAGGCCCAAGUGACCUUGGUGGUGCAGAGUGCUUUUCCCAGCUUAGGCAACCUCUUUGGGAUAGAGAGAGCCUGACAACUAUCAUCCGUGGGUUGGUAACUUUAUUGUUAGACUAUUGUUAUAUGGGACUGCUCUUGAAGACGGUAGAAACUAGGUUUUCGGUCCAGAAUAGAGCUGCUCUGGUAGGAACAAGGACCAGUUGCUGGGAAAACAUCUCAUAUAUAUUGAAAUAACUCCAUUGGCUUCCAGUCUGUUGCAAAACACAACUCAAGGGCUUCACUUUUGAAAGCUCUACAUGGCUUUGGACCUAGCUACCUGAAGGGACACCUGCUUCCAUGUCAAGCUUCCAUGAACUAAGACAAUCUGCUAAGUGAGGCAGCCGGCAGCCAGGGAAAAUGUAUUUUUGAUUGCGGUGCCUUCUCUGUAGAACUCUUUCACCAGAGAGGUUCACCUGGUGCUUAUGCAGGUAUUUUUUGGCAACAGGUAAAUACGUUUAUUCUCUGGAGCUGCUUAAACCGUUUUCUCUUUUUAAUGCUCUUUUGACUUAGUAUCAUAGAAGUGUAGAGUUGGACUUGGUAAUCUAGUCCAAGCCACUGCAAUGCAGCAAUCUUUUGCUCAACGUGGCUCUCAAAUGCAUGACCCUGAGAUUAAGAGUCUCGUGCUCUACUGGCUGAGCUAUUCAUUUAAGAAUGCAUUUGGAUGGAACCUGUAUUUUUAACAUUACGUUUUUACAUGCAUCUCUGUAAAUUUCCUGGGAACCCUUUUUUGAAAGGCACUGUAAAAAAUCCUGUAAAUAAAUAAAUCUAUUUCAGUUGCUAAUGGCUGAUGUUAUAGUGUCACGGUUUUUUGUUGUUGUUUUUUGUAUUGUUGGUAAACAUUGGGCUUUGAAUCGGCAUUUAGCAUCCAUAAUUGUGGCUGCAUCACUGUUGUGGUUGCAGUAAAGUCAUAUACUAAAGCUGAACUUUACCAAAGUCUCCGUGAAUUUUUCCUCUGAUCUUUCAGUCCAAAGUGCAGAUUUGAGUACAAGCGAUCGGAGACUCCCACUCGCUACUACUGCUACUGCAGAAAGGUAGAGGACCCACCACUUGAUCCCUGGCUAGUUCCACAUUCCUGUGGCCAAGUAUGUGAAAGAGAUUUCAAGCCUCCCUGUGGACACAGGUGCCUGCUACUUUGUCACCCAGGUAUGUGAUGUUAAUGUAGCUGUACGUAAGCAAUACAGUCGUACCCUGGAAGUCAAACGGAAUCCGUUCUGGAAGUCCAUUCGACUUCCAAAACAUUUGGAAACCGAAGUGCGGCUUCUGAUUGGCUGCAGGAAGCUCCUUGAAGGGAUUCAAACGAAGGUCUCCCCAGUCCCUGUUGAUUCUGACUUGACAACUCGGAUGUUCUGUGCUGGAAUAUCAUUUCUGUGAUAACCUUUCUUUUUCUUAUUUCUAGGUCCUUGCCCGCCUUGUCCAAAGAUGGUCACAAUAACCUGCUACUGCAAGAAGGCUAAGCCUGUGCCACGAAGAUGCAGUACCAAAGAGUGGUCAUGUCAGCUGCCCUGUGGGCGAAAGCUGCCUUGUGGACAGCACAACUGUGAAAAACCUUGUCAUCCAGGUAGAUGUUUCUGUGUUGGAUGUUACUUCAGGUUGACUCUCAUUUUUGUCAGCAGGAUCAAUUUUCUCCCUCUCUGCUUCUAACACUCCCGCUUGUGCCCUGUCCUUCUCCCCAGUGGGUGAAGAAAUUAAAACAAUCUCUGUCCAAGCUGUAUUCUAAUAUUUAACUCUGCCUUACCUUUAGGAGACUGCCAGCCCUGUCCAAGAGUCAGUAAACAAGCUUGCAUCUGCGGUAGGCAAGUAGCAGAGAGGCUUUGCGCAAGUCCUGUAUGGCAGUGCAAUCAGGUAAGUUUCCUUAAAUGUUGCCAUGUUUUGUCAUCACAUAUAGGGUUUCGUUAUAUAAGAAGGGUGGCGGGUGUUACCAGCAUUGACUCUGUCCCCCGCCCCAACCUCUAGUAAGAAAUCUUAUGUGUUAACAUGAAGAAGCAUAAGGGAUUUAUGGCGUCAUUUGGAAAAACAGCAAUUUUGGUCCCAGUUUAUACAAUUAAGCAAGGACAUUUGUUUUGCCUUACCCGUUUGCCGCUGAGCCUCUUCAUUCCUAUGGAAGCAGUUGCGUGUGCUUAGUUUUUCACAGAUGGCUUCUCCAUUUUGGCUUUAUUUAUGUUAAAUAAAUCAUGAUGCGGUGUAAUGCACCAUGUGUUGUUGUUCAGCAGAGGUUGUAUUUACCUUAUUUUAAGACCUGCUAAGGAGCAGAUGGUUGUUAUUACGUCCUGACAGGUAAAACCACAGAGUUCAAAGAGCACCUUCUUCCUUUUUACCAUGACUGUAUGUGGUCUAAACCACAGAGCCUAGGGCUUGCCGAUCGGAAGGUCAGCGGUUCGAAUCCCCACGACGGGGUGAGCUCCCGUUGCUCUGUCCCUGCUCCUGCCAACCUAGCAGUUCGAAAGCAUGUCAAAGUGCAAGUAGAUAAAUAGGUCCCGCUGCAGCGGGAAGGUAAACGGCGUUUCUGUGCACUGCUCUGGUUUGCCAGAAGCGGCUUAGUCAUGCUGGCCACAUGACCCAGAAGCUGUACACUGGCUCCCUUGGCCAAUAAAGCGAGAUGAGCGCCACAACCCCAGAGUCGUUUGUGAGUGGACCUAACAGUCAGGGGUCUGUUUACCUCUUUACCUUCAUGGUUAGCAGCAGACCUACCAGCAGGCUUGCAACUCAGCUGGGAUUACAGGCUGGGGUGUAGGUGUGCUGGUUGUCUGAAUCAUCGCUUCUGUGCUGCAGCCACUUUGUGUUGCUGUGGUUGCAUGUGCUGCUACACGUGGAUCCCAAGGGUAUCCAUGCUAUACGCUGGAGCUUUCCUGGCCCUUCCCCCCACAGCUCCCUGUUGGGGAAUAGGGAUUACUUCAGAUGGUGUAGGGUACUUCUUUGUUGGGAAGGAGAAAUUGGGAGGCUGCCCUCCCAUGGAUCCAUGGAUCCAUGCCAUAGCUUCUAGACUAGAGUCUGUGGCCACAUUUUAUGCAAGUGGCUAUGAAUAAAAGGUUUCACAAGCGAGCCCAAUAAUUCCUUGUUUAGUGUGCGUUUGACGCAGUGGUUAUUACAAAAUACAGUUGGUUGCAUUCAGCAAUGCCCUCUUGUUGACGGAGCACUACUUGAUCCAGUGGAGGCUUCAGCACACCAAGAAGCAUCAUCUUUUUUGUUGAUCUUCCUCCCCCUCUGCAGCUUCCCACACAUGAACCCAGUUCUGUUCAAGAGUUGUGGACGGUGAUAUGCAGCUGCUGAGGGGAAAGGAAUUGGUGAAAAUGACCUCCCUCCCUGUUAUGCUGACUGACUGAAGUAUCCACUGAAUCAAAGAGCCUUCUGUCAGCAGGGGGACGUCAUUGGAUGUAACCCAAUAUUUAUAAGUCUCAAAGCCCCUUUGAGGGCCUAGACUUGCUCGUUUUAUGGCAUAAAAAUGCGAAAAUAAACACCUCUCGCUUUUUCUGUUGUCUCCUUCAUGGCAUGGUUACACAUGAAGGACGGGGAAAUUUCAGCACAUUCAGCCUAUCUUAGCCUUGGCAUAGCAAGCUUCAUCUGCAGAAAUUUUCCUUUUUGCUGUACUUGUUACAAAACAAGAGGAGGGCUCCUAGUACCUUGUAGGCUCCCCCCCCUCCGAGAGUUUGAAAGUUUUAGUUUAUAUCUUUGUGCUGUAUUACUUUUGUUGAAAAAUAAAUAAAUAAUUUUGGUCAUACUGUCCAUGGCAGUAAACAGUCUUGCCUUUGCAGAAAGAGCCUCUGCAAAGGCCUGUGUGUACAGUGCAGUUCUCUGCCUGUAGAGCUGAGAUGCAUUUUACAUCUGCAGUCUACAGUUCCCUCCCUGAGCUGUUUCAAUGAUGAGAGCUUCACUAGCGAAAUAUGAAAGCUGCAUCAUUCAUUUUUAUUUUUUUUGCAAAAUAGCCAACUUUCGUUGCUCUGUGAUUAAAAUGUAACGUCACAGAAAAAUUACCCUCAAUGGCCAAACAUCCUACUAAAAAACAUCAUACUAAACCAGUGGUGUCCAAACUUUUUCAAAGAGGGCCAGAUUUGAUGAAGUGAACAAAAGUUGUUUUUAAGGAUUUUCGCCCAAAGUUGCAGAGCUUUUUUUAAGGAUUAAAGUCAUUGGUUGGACUUAUUCCUUGGGGGGGGGCAGCUCUCCGUCAAUGUGUUGGCUCCUGGGCAGAACAAGCCAAACAGCAGGCGCUCAGGGACUGCAACAGAUUCAUUUCUCAGAAUUGCUUGGGGGGGCGGAUUAAAUUGACCAGGGGGCUGGAUUUGGCCCCCAGGCUGGACUUUGGACAUGCCUGCACUAAACCAUAGUUUGGUGUGACCAGAAUAAACUGGAAUGAGGUUCAAUGAACUUUGAGUUCAGAAGCUUCCAUGCCUCCAAGCUGAUUUAUUCCAGAGCUUGUUGGUUCUGAUGAAACUACAAACUGUGGUUAAGUAAAAGCUUCCAAACUCCUCCCAGCCACAUAGGAAGGAAGAGUGAACUUGCACGCUCACAGCUGAUACAUGCACAUUGCACUAAAUUGUGGCUUAGCAUGUUGCUGGAAUAUGGCCAGUCUGUAAUUGCUUGUCAUCUUUUCUUGCUGAAUAAGGCUGAUGUAACUUGAACAAAGCUUUGCUCUGAAAGCUGUUUAAUUCUUAUAACAAUAUGGUUCAGGAAGAGUUCACCUAUUCCUUUUUAUUAACAUGGAAUUCAGGGAGUGAUCACCUUUUUCCUUCUUGCAUUCCAUUGGAUUUUUGUAUUUCGUUGCUUUGUUAAAUUCCUCACUUGCAUGUGCUGUAUGUGUUUUCCCAACAGGUGUGUGGCAAAACAUUGCCUUGUGGUUAUCAUGCCUGUGAACAGAUUUGUCAUGCUGGCUCUUGUGGGGAGUGUCCCCGAUCUGGCAAAAGGAGUUGUCCAUGUGGAAAGUCAAGUAAGAAUGUGUUUCUUUUCUGCCUAUCUAGCAUGCAUCCAGUUCACCAAUAUAGCUAAGCUUCCUAAAAUCUAAACUGCAUUCAAAUACAAGUUAAAAUAAUACAAUAGCAGACUUUGGUUAAAUUUAAAGUUUGCCCAGAAUGAGGUUAGACACAAGACCUGCCUAGCCUAAUUAAACUGGGCCCUUUAUAUAAAAACUGUAACUCCUUUUCUUGACAUAAAGCCUUAUUUUUCAUGAAACGAGAGGUAAAAAUGUAGCUUUCAUUUUUUCAAUUGUGUAUAGUAAAUGACAGAAGGUUUGCUGUUUUGUUCUGACUUAGAAUUUUCUUUACCGUGUACGGAGGAUGUGCCUACAUGUGGAGACAGUUGUGACAAAGCUCUUGACUGUGGGAUUCAUAGAUGUUCCCAGCGCUGCCACCGAGGUCCCUGUGAAAUCUGUAGACAGGUUAGCAUUUCUCUUCCAGUUCAGUCACAUGUUUUUGAAUAACUUUCCAUUAUUUCAGGACUUCUGAAGUACUUUAUCUCCAAUGAGCUUCCUUGAGGCAGAGAAAAUAAAGAUAUGUUUCUUCUUUUAGCUGUCCUUUCCCUCUCUGAGCUCAGGAAACAUGCUGUCUCCACUGCUUUGUGUCCUCAACCAAAAAUAAUAAGCUACCACAACCCCUAGCUCCUGUCCUUCAAAUCUGGGGAAUAGAUAAAGUUCCUGUAUUGGCUUUAUGUGUGGGAACAUGCUUAAAUGUGGCCUGUUUUUAUAGGCUUAUCUGCUUUUUGUUGUGAGGAUUCAAAAUGUCCUUGCCUUAAACAAUCCCAUUGAAGAGUGUCCUUCAGAAUAAGCUUGUUGAUUAUAACAACCGAGGCAGGAAAGGUAAACUUUCCCAAAGUCUGUCAUCCACUUGGGUUGUUCUAAGAGGACAUUGCGAGAUUCCAUGUUCUGUAGGCCCACUGGUAGCUGCUGCCCCUAAUUUCAACCUCUGCUAGCUCCUCUACCUCUUAAGUUUCCUUUUUCUGAUGGUAUAGGCUUGUAUCACCAUCAUUUUGGCUGCUACUUUCUUGAAAAGGCAUAUUCUAAACUACAGUUUCUUCCUCUUCUGAAAACGGUGGCCUUCCCAACAAUCUCAUGUUUCUUUCCUCCUGCAUUUUCUACUGUCUCUUCUUGGGCCUAGUUCAUACAAACAGAUGAGAAGGUAAACAGUUUUCCUGAGGUCAGGUCAAAUUAAGUUGUUGUUUCUAUGAGGACGUGCCCCAUCUUUUUGAUUCUAGUUAUUCCUAUUACCAUGAAGGGGCCUGUACAGAAGCUCUAGCCUGUGAAAGAGUUUCUUUCCGGCCUCUUGUCACGCAACAUGCUAGACUCUUCUAUACAGCUUAAUUUCCACCAUUGAAUACUUUUAUAUGCUACUUUCCCCCCUCCUGAAUUCUAAUCUGUGAUGAGUUCCAUGCAUUUUUGCUAUCAGUGAUGUGUCUUAAUUUUAACAUUAACAUUAACAUUUUAACAUGGAAAGAUCACGAGGCUACAAAAAUAACAGAUUGGCAAAUCAAAUUACAGGAAUUGGUGGAGACGGCUCAACUGACUAGUAAACUCAGAGGAAACUCAAAGCAAAAACUUGCAGAAAAAUGGGAUUGUUAUAGAAGAUAUGUUCAAAAAUACAACAAUAGUUUUGACUCCGUGCUAGCAUUCGAGUGAUAAAGGAACUAAAAGGAGGUAGACAACAAUGAAGGAUUUAUUAUGUUUUCAGAAUGUAUUGGAAAAAUUAUAUAGAAAGGUUUAUUGUUUUGUGUCCAUUCAAAUGUAAGAUAAAAUAUAUGCAAAGGGACUUGACAGGAAGUCAAAGUUGAAGAAAUGAAGAAAAGAUUUUGGAAGAUAAAAGGGAAAAAAAUAUUUACUUUCAUUAUUAUCAUUUUGUGUGCUGGUGUGGGUGUCUGCACAUAUGUGUGUUUUUGUAUGCAAUGUUUGGGAGGAAAUAAGAUGGUAAAUAACAAAUAACAAACUAAAUAUUGAUGUAUGUAAUUUUUAUUUCUUAAUUAUAUUUAGUGGUAGUAUGGCUGUACAGUAUUGUUUUUUGUAACAUAAAAUCAUUCAAUAAAAAUUAUUUAUAUUAAAAAUAAUAAUUUUAACAUGCUGAAUGUACAACUCAUAGCUUUAGUUUUCCUCCAUUUGUACCCUAACAGGAAGUUGAAAAGCAGUGCCGCUGUGGAAAGCAUACAAAACAGAUGCCCUGCCAUAAGCCAUACCUUUGUGAAACAAAGUGUGCCAAAAUCCGGGACUGUCAAAAACACCAGUGCAAGAGGAAGGUGAGUAGGUAUUGAGGAUAUAUCGCCAUCCUUUUGUAGCUAGAGUCAUUUGGAAAAGUUUGGUUCAACGUCCAAAAAUGCUUCUGUUUCUGAGACACACAGCCUGUAAGCAUGUGGGGGCAGCUGAGAAAGCCACAGCGGUUUUCAGCUUGCAGUGGCCUGGCUUGCACAUCACGCUAAGCACAAACUAUGGCUUACUGAGACCAGGCAAACAUACUGGCUCAAAAGAGGAGCUUGCACCAGCUUCAUAUCGCUGUACAGUGGUACCUCAGGUUACAUAUGCUUCAGGUUAAAUACGCUUCAGGUUACAGACUCCACUAACCCAGAAAUAGUACCUCGGGUUAAGAACUUUGCUUCAGGAUGAGAACAGAAAUUGUGCUUCGGCGGCGUGGCAGCAGCGGGAGGCCCCAUUAGCUAAAGUGGUGCUUCAGGUUAAGAACAGUUUCAGGUUAGGAACAGACCUCCGGUACGAAUUAAGUUCUUAACCCGAGGUACCACUGUAGUCCUUUGGACUCACUUCAGCAGCUAAGUCAGGGUUUGACUUAGGGACGCGGGUGGCGUUGUGGGUUAAACCACAGAGCCUAGGACUUGCCGAUCAGAAGGUUGGCGGUUUGAAUCCCCGUGACGGGGUGAGCUCCUGUUGCUUGGUCCCUGCUCCUGCCAACCUAGCAGUUCGAAAACACGUCAAAUUGCAAGUAGAUAAAUAGGUACCGCUCUGGCGGGAAGGUAAACAGCAUUUCCAUGCGCUGCUCUGGUUCGCCAGAAGCAGCUUAGUCACGCUGGCCACAUGACCUGGAAGCUGUAUGCCGGCUCCCUCGGCCAAUAAAGCGAGAUGAGCGCCGCAACCCCAGAGUCAGCCACGACUGGACCUAAUGGUCAGGGGUCCCUUUACCUUUACCACUGUAGUCCUUUGGACUCAGUUCAGCAGGUAAGUCAAGGUUUGACUUAGCACAUUGUCCGAACCCACACUUGUGGUUAAGCUCUUUCCUCCUUAACCAUGAGUUGUAGACAGUAACAAACCUUAGCUGUAGCUCAUGCUUAUGGAGGCUCGAGCUUAUAACAACUAGCUCAGGUUCGGACAACUGCUAGGCCAAACCUUGGCUUAGCUGCCAUGCUGCGUUGAGCUAAAUGGACAGGCAAGGAGCAAAAGGGUUGUCAUCUCCUGCUUGGGAGCACACGUCAAGUCGUGGUUUGGCUUAGCAUUACUUGUGAUUGUGGCCUGUGACGGCUGUUUUGCUGUUCUUUUAUGGGGGGAAAAUCCCCCGCAUAUAUUGGAUUUCUUCGUUCUUCUGUAUUGCCGUUCCACUCACAGAGAAAGAAAUCGGGUUACAGUGGUACCUCGGGUUAAGUACUUUAUUCGUUCUGGAGGUCCGUUCUUAACCUGAAACUGUUCUUAACAUGAAGCACCACUUUAGCUAAUGGGGCCUCCUGCUGCUGCCGCGCCGCCAGAGCACAAUUUCUGUUCUCAUCCUGAAGCAAAGUUCUUAACCCGAGGUGCUAUUUCUGGGUUAGCGGAGUCUGUAACCUGAAGCAUAUGUAACCUGAAGCGUAUGUAACCCGAGGUACCACUGUAUUUAAGAAUGGUCUAAUUCAAAACUGAUGCUUUUACAACACCUACACUGUGAAAUACCUGCAGAAGGUGGCAGUAGCGAUUCUUAUUGGACUAGCUUGUUGGAGCAGUCAGAGAAAGGAAAUAUACUAGUUCUCUGAUAUGUAUGAUCUUCCUCCAGGCGGAGAUGAAAUAGCUUUCAAAGGCUUAAAGGAGCAAGGGGGUGGGGAGUAAUGAAGAAGAGGAGUAUGUUCUUUCUAGGUACUGAAUGAAUUUAGUAGUUCAAAUCCAAUAAUCCAAUAUACAGGAGAAACUUGGAGGGUGAAGUACUUGGUGCUAGAAAGCUUUAUUUGCUGGAGCAUUGCUUUUUAUAUUCCAUUUAUUCCCACCCACUUUCCCUGGAGCACUUUCCUUACUCAUUUAUUUCAUUUACAAUAUUUGUAUCCCUCUUCAUGAUAGUGCUGUCUGGAUGGCUCACAAGAAAACAUUUAACACUGGUCUCUCAUUGGUCCUUAACUCUGUCUUGUCCUUGUAUUUAAGAGACGUCUUCAAUUUUUCUUUCUUUCUUUUUUACUUCCAACCUUUUUCAGAUGAACCAUUUUACUGAGCUUUGCUAGCCUGUCCCUCCCCAUGUGUUUUAUGUGUCUGAGAUUACAGUGCUGCCUUGCAAGACGAAAUUAAUUCGUUCCACGAGUUUUGUCGUCUUGCGAUUUUUUUCGUCUUGCGAAGCACGGUGUCGGGAAAGUUUUGGAAAAGCUUCAAAAAUCACCAAAGUCUUUAAAAACCUCAAAAAAGGCUACCACACCGCGUUCUAUGAGUUGCUCCUCGAAGUCAAGUCGCAACUGUAUUAACGGUGUUAAGAAAAAGGAAACAAACUUGCAAGACGUUUCCGUCUUGUGAAGCAAGCCCAUAGGGAAAAUCGUCUUGCGAAGCAGCUCAAAAAACAAAAAACCCUUUCGUCUAGCGAGUUUUUUGUCUUGCGAGGCAUUCGUCUUGCGAGGUACCACUGUAUAGGUUUUUGAAGACGAACUGUUUUUAGAGGUAGAAAGGAAGCUGAUUAACUCAAAUGUAUUCAAGGUAACAUGCAAAAUAUAAUUGCAGUUUCAUCAAAACCGUGCUAAAACAGGUGCUUAGUUGUCGGUGCUAUAAAAAUAAUAAUGGCAAAGUCUUCAUUUUGGGCCAAGAAUAGAAGGGAAUGUGGUGAAACAGUUAAGAAAGAUUGAGCUGUAUAUAGCAAUCUGCUUUGUGUUAGGGCCAAACUAAAGAGGUUUUUCAAAAGCAAGAAGGAGGUGAAUGUGCUGAGACUGAAAAUCGCCUGUUUGAAAGUGCUGUAGGUACUAGUGAGGUACAAUUGUUGAAACAGAAUAGUAGAUCUGCAUGUAGAAUCUGUGAGGUCUUUUUGGAGUACAAUAUACACAGGUCAAACGAAAUGCUCAACAAUAAUACUUAGCCCUUAGAUUGUUGAGGUGCUUGACACGAAUCACCUUGGUAAUAUUUACGACACCCUUGUGACAUAACUCAGUGUUUCCACCAUAAUGAAGUUAUGGAGCUCAAGUUGAAAUAAUAGUAGCUCAAAAUCAUCUGGCUCAGUGUUUCCCAAACUUGGGAGUUCAGCUGUUUUCAGACUACGAUUCCCAUAAUCUCUGACCACUGGUGUUGCUAUCUAGGGACGAUGGGAAUUGUAGUCCAAAAACAACUGGGAAACACUGACUAGCUAGCUAUUAGCCAAGGCAAGAUUUGGACUAUCCAGCUUUAUGCUUUUAGCUCCUGCUUGACACCUGCUCUUACUUGGGACUCUCCUAUCAGUUUCUUGUCAGAAAAUUGUUAUCCCUGCUUUAAAAUGGACCAACACUCCAUCUUCCUGUGUGAAACUGCUGAAAUGCUUUGAAAUGGCAAAGGAUAUUCUGAAGGCGCUUCCUUAAGAAAGGGACAUCUCAACAAGUUUAUUUUUCUUCGACACUUUAUCAUUUAAAAAUCACACUGUUAUGGUUUUCUUAUUGACAGCAUAAUCCUUUGUGUGCUUACUCAUUGGGGCUCACUCCCAGGUAAUGCAUAGGAUUGCCACUUUAGCUAAAGUUUCUGUACUUCAAAACAUUUGCGUGUGUGUUUCAGUGUUGUUCUGGAAAUUGCCCACCGUGUGAUCAAGCAUGUGGACGAACUUUAGGAUGUCGGAAUCACAAGUGUCCUUCGGUGUGCCACAGAGGUAAGACUUAGCAGGCAAUCUUGCUUGUAGUCUUUCAUCCUGAAUGGUACUUUAAACUUUAUGUAGUUGGGUCUUUGUUGGUAAUUGUUAUAAAAAGGAAUAUUGUAAUCUCUGUUUGCAGCCAAUAGCUUUAAUGUUGUUCAAAUCAUAGCAUUUCUGAACCUAUAUACCGUAUUUUUCGCUCUAUAAGACGCACCAGACCACAAGACGCACCUACUUUUUGGAGGAGGAAAACAAGAAAAAAAAUAUUCUGAAUCUCAGAAGCCAGAACAGCAAGAGGGAUUGCUGCGCAGUGAAAGCAGCAAUCCCUCUUGCUGUUCUGGCUUCUGGGAUAGCUGCGCAACCUGCAUUCGCUCCAUAAGACACACACACAUUUCCCCUUACUUUUUAGGAGGGAAAAAGUGAGUCUUAUAGAGCAAAAAAUACGGUAUAUAUUUGAGGGUCCAAUCCAGGACAUUAAUGUUUUUUCAUAAAAACAGAGUGUAAUGUGUUGAUUAGCACUAGCCAUGGUGGUAGAAAUUAUACUUGAAUUAAAUAAUCAGCUGUUACUCUUUGGCUUCUUGAGCACUUGAACUGUUUGGGGCUGAAUAAGUUGUCCAUCUCUGUCUAAAGUGUGAUAAAAAUUUCUUUUUCUUUGCUAUAUAUGCUUUAUCAGUUCCACCCACUCCACAUUUUUCAUAUUAUGAAAGGAUAUUCAUAUUUGUUCCGACAUACUCAAAUACAAAUGUUGAGCCUUUGUGUGGGCAAGGGAAAUGUUUGCAUCCCUGCAGUGUAAUUUCUUUUUUUUUUUAAAUGGCUUCUUAUAAAUGUCAGAAAUCUGAUGCUCACUUCUGACCUUUCAGAGAGAAAGGCGUUAACUCUUUUGACAUUCAAAGCAGAUUUGGGGAACAUAAAUAGCAUGUUCUCUGGAUGGAGUUUGUCCAGACCAAUGUCUCCUGAAUUCAUAAUACCAUUGUUAAUUUUAAUUGUACUAAAUGGAUAACUUCUUAUUUGGAUCCAGGUAAUUAAUUGCAAAGUAGUUUUGCUAUUGUAGAUUGUUAAAUGUGUUAAGUUUUUCCAAGGUUGGCUACUUGUAUUGCUUGUAGGUAGCUGCUAUCCAUGUCCCGAGACUGUAGAUGUGAAGUGCAAUUGCGGCAAAACUGCUCUCAAAGUGCCAUGUGGUAGAGAACGUACCACCAAGGCUCCCAAGUGCAAGGAGCCAUGCAGGUUAGUAUUAAAUAACAAUCUAAUGCAAAUAAUUGUUUACUCCCCCUGAAUAUCAGACCACCGUGUGAUAUCGCAAACCGCUUUGGAAGUUCCCUAGCUUUUGAAACUAGUGUUUAAUUCUGUAAUGGCGUAAUUAGGUCUUUUUGAGAUUAUUGGCUUCUCAGCAGGUGGAGCUACAUUAAUACAGUUUAGUGUUUUGAAAGAAGUAUGUAGUGCACAGUAAGACUGCAACUUGCAACUCUUGAGAGGCAUUUCAAAGGCUGGUGUUGCCAUAGGAAGGUGCUGCUUUGAGUUCCUAAUAGUUUUACAAGAGCAGUAGAACUUAAAGCAAGCUUCCCUUAGUAUCUUGCAGCACAGCGGGGUGGGCGAUGGGGUGUCAAGGUCGGCUUCCUUUGUAGUGGAGAGGGGGCAAUUGAAUUUAAAGCUUUCAUAAUAAUAUGCUUAUUUUCAGUUAUACAGGUUGAGCAGGAAGUGGUAUGGUAGCUACACAAGUAAGGCUGUUAGUCCCAAAGCUGAAUUAUUCCUGUAGUAAUAGCAGCACCCCUAAAGUUCCUAGGCACCUUAUUCAUUCCAGCUCUGAAAAACCACCAGUGUAAAGAAUCUACGUUGGCUCCCAGUUCGUUUACGAGCACAAUUCAAAGUUUUGGUAUUGACCUUUAGAGCCCUAGAUGGCCUCGGCCUUGUAUACUUGAAGGAGCGUCUUCUUGACUGUUUCCUCACUGUGAGACAUGAAGCUACAGGGAACCAGGCACAGAGCCUUCUCGGUAGUGGCGCCCUCCCUGUGGAACGCCCUUCCAUCAGAUGUCAAAGAGAUAAGCAACUAUUUGACUUUCAGAAGACAUCUGAAGGCAGCCCUGUUCAGGGACGUUUUUAAUGGUUGAUGCUUUAUUGUGUUUUUAAUAUAUUGUUGGGAGCCGCCCAGACUGGCUGGAGCAACCCAGUCAGAUGGAUGGCAUAUAAAUAAUGAAAUUAUUAUGAUUAUUUGUCCAAAUUCAAGCAUUCUCUUGGGGCACAACUUUAUGUGGCUAUAGUGUCAAUGCUAAAGCCACACCAAGACUACAUAAGAGAACAUGCCUAUAGCAAUAGGGAAAACAUCAAUUUGAACUGUUUGAUGCUAAUAUAAUCCAAGCUGUCAAAAGCAAGCCCUGAAAUGAACUUUGUACUGCUUCUGAGAGAGGGCUUUAUUAGUAAUUGGGAGAAGCCAUCUUCAUAACUGUAGCAAAGACUCAAUAAGAGCUACCCUCUCACAGACUUGGCAUCCAUGCAUUACAAGUGCAUCCUUGGCUUGAUGCUCCAGCUCAUGUGAUUUAAUAGAGUGGGCAAUCUACCAAGCAUGUUUGAAUCUGUCCCAACAAAUCCUACACUUAUUUGAAAAUAUGGUUGUAAGUUUAAAGCUUGCUAGAUAUAACUGUUUUCAUUUUAAAACAAUUGAGAAGCGGUGUGUUUUGUCUGUUGCUUUCUUUUAUUUUCAUUUGUUUUCUUUAAGUAAACAGUAGUGAAAUACGAUCGCCGUUGCCAGAGGAGAGAGCUGCUUUGCUGUUUACCAUGUAGGCUAGGUUUCACCUAGUCCUUGCUAUAGACUCUGCAGUUCUUUAAGAGUUCAUUCUCCUGUUGCCGUUCUGGACGCUACUGCCUUCUAAGCCAGAAAUGAGUUAUUUUUCUCCCGCUAGAAACGAGUUAUUUUCAUAGUGAUGUUACUUGAUUAUGAAUGUUACGAAACCAUUUUUAAAAAUUUUCUCUGGAGAUAAUAUGGAUAGUGAUAUGCUUAUAUAUCUUUUCAUUCCAUCGUGCCUGGAGCAUAACACGUUUGAAAAAGGGAUACACAAAGCAAGCAACUGUGUAUAUGACUGUUGUAAACCACUUAGAGCUCUUUUGUUCUAGUAAGUUGUUUUGUUAAAGAUAUGACUAUAAACCAGUUUUUGUAGCAAUUAUUGACAGUUCCUGUUUUCAUUUUAGGCAGCCACCUACCUGCCAUCAUCCUGCUCGAGAGAAACACAGCUGCCACUUCGGCCCUUGUCCUCCUUGCCGCCAGCCCUGCAAGAAAACCUUUGAGAAGUGUGGUCAUUCCUGCCCUGCUCCUUGCCAUGAUGAAGCACUUGUAAAACAGACUGGUUCGGUGAGAGAACAAUGUGAUUGCUCCCCGUAGCAGUGUCACCACUUUCAGGGAGAAGUGUGCUGAUUCCAAAGGAAUCAGUCAAUUGGUAUAGCUCAGCUGGUAGAGCAAGAGACUGUUAAUCUCGGAGUCAGAGGUUCAAGCCCCACUUUGGGCAAAAGAUUCCUGCAUUGCAAGGGGCUUGGACUAGACAAUCCUCGCUGUCCCUUCCAACUCUAUGAUUCUGUGAUUAUUCCUUUCCAUAUAAUCUUCCCACCUGAGAUGUUGCUGGAACCCCUACAAAAGUGACAGCCUGUCAGGGGUUGGACUGAGGAGGAAUUGUGGGAGCUUUUCUGAACCUUCCCAAGGGCAGGAGGGCAGUAUUGAUUUAGAACAGUGGUUUGCAGAGGGGCAUAGUCCAGAGGGAAAAACCUGGGUGAGGAACAGCUAGAAGAGGAAACACCAGGAGAGGGACAGCUGGCAGAUUCAGUGUCCUUGGACAGCAUUCCUGACCCCCCUUCGCCUACCGUCUUUCCCUGAAAGUAAGACAACCCCCAAAAACAAUACCUAGUGCAUCUUUGGGAGCAAAAAUUAAUAUAAGACACUGUCUUAUUUUCGGGGAAACAGGGUAAGACUAGAUGGGCUUUGAGAGUGAUAGAACAGAGAGUGCAGAGCCAACAAGCUCGGAUUACCAGAUGUAGGAGUGACGUAGAUAAAUGGGGACAGAGGGGGUGAACCUUAACUGGGAGCAACGCCAUUUCUGGAGAGAGAUGCAUUCCUUUGUCUCUUGCUGUGAUUGUUAAAGAAACUUAACUGGUAAGAAUGCUCCUUUUGUUUGAUCUGCUUAUUUACUGCCUGACACAGCUGUACUGCUAUCAUUAAGAACUGGUGAUUGGUUUUCAUGACUUUAAUGAUUGUGGUGCGUUGAGUUCUAAAAAGUAAAGGACGUUUGUUGAGAUUGGGGGUAGGAGUAACCCUAGACCAUCUAGGCAUAGUUAGCUUUUAUAAUAUGUGCUGUAUAACAACAAAUUUCUUUCAUUCCAGCAUCAGCCAGCAGGCCCUUGGGAACAGUCAGCUGAGCCUACAUUUAUUCAGACAGCAUUGCCUUGCCCUCCAUGUCAAGUCCCUAUUCCAACGUGAGUAUGAAAAUAUGCUUUGAAAUGACAUAUUUCUAUGUGUUCGGGUGGCGUGGCCCUCCCUGUGCUGUGACUUGCUGUUAUCAAAAUGCCUUUUCUUUAAAGCUGUUUCCGGAGGUAAAGCCAGAUCAGUUGAAAAGACUAAACAGCUGGAGAUCCGUAGUCUAGUACAGUCAUACCUUGGUUUUCAAAUAGCUUAGUUCUCGAACGUCUUGGCUUCCAAAUGCCACAAACCAGAAGUGACUGUUCCGGUUUGCGAACUAUUUUUGGAAGCCAAAUGUCCAAUGGGGCAGCUUCCGAUUGGCUGCAGGAGCUUCCUGCAGCCAAUCGGAAGCCGCACUUUGGUUCCCAAAUGUUUUGGAAGUCGGAACAGAAUGGAUUCCGGAACCAAGGUACGACUGUACGUGUUUGGCUGUGAGCUACAAAAUUUGCUCAUGGUAGUCCAGCAGAGUUCGUGUUAACUUGGUGGAGCUUGCGCAGAAGAAUGUCGCAGUGGAUUGUGCCUGUCUGAGAGUGCCCAAGUUGUGUGCAAAGUUCAGCAUUACUGGACUUUGCCCACAACCUGUGAAUUGCAUUUGUUGCAUAUUUAUACACACAAAGUAUAUCUGAGAGUUUUCUAUUCACUAAACAAAAGAGAGUACCACUCCAACAGCUCGCUUAUCUGUCUGAUAGCUACAAUAGAUUUAUUUUUAUUAUGUUUAUCGUACCUUUCUUCCGUUAUAUAUCCACAUGUGGUUCCCAGGUGGUCUCUCAUCCAGAUACUGACCAGAGUCGGACCUGCUUAGCUACAGCAUCAUGGUGGCCUCCUUUGCCUUCAGACCAUACUGUGUCAGGCCCCACCCCCACCCAACAACCCUGGCCAAUCCUUCAUCUGUCUAUGUAGCAUGCCAGGGACAAGUAGACUAAGUAAAUAAAUAAGAAUUUUCUAAAUUUCUCAGAUGUACUUGCACCUGAGGGAGUUGGGAAGAGGAGAGGAAAUCACAACACUGGAGCCUGCCACCGUGUAACGAGUUUGGUUGUGAAAUCAGACCCUGUUGUGCUUCCAGUGACAUAACUGGGAGCUCAUUCUUGGUUAUUGAGAGACCACCUUCCAGGGUUUUUUGGGGGGUUGGAGUGGGGAGCCCGGUUAUGAAUGUAACUAGGUCAACCAUCACUACAAUUUACUUAGUACUGUAAAAGCUAUUGCUCACUGUUAGAAGAAAACACAUCUUUUCUUUCAAUUGACAUUGUAACAAAUGGCCACAUUCUGAUGGCCAUACUUGCAGCUUCUAAUUGGCCAAUGAAUUUCAGGUGGUUGAUUAAUUCAGAGAGUGAUAUUCAAAUUGUUUGACCUUUUAUUUAUUUAUUUCCUUUAUUUUGUUAUUGUGUAUUUACAGGCAAUGCCUUGGGAAACAUGAGGUGAGUCAUAAAAACUGUAAUUUUUCAGAUUUACUCUGAAAAAUUUAUAAUUUGGUUUUAAUCGGAGGUUUCGAAAUGAAGCCUUUGCGUUUAAUUGGUUUGCCAUGAGGUUCGUUUGCAACUGGAAGUAUUCUGCUUUCCGCCUUGAAAGCGACAAAUUGUUUUGUCAUUUGAGAUCUGCUGGGAUUUCUAUCAAGACUAUUGCAAACUUGUUUUAGGAAAUUUAUAAGAGUGAACUACUUAUUAACCUUGAUGAAACUUUAAACUUUUGACAUUGCGUUUCAAGAAAUGUGGAAUGCUGGCAAAAUGUUCUUCUGUUCGUGUUUACUGGGAUGAUUUAGGAUGAGCUCUGGUUUUAUAGCGCUUGCUAUUUUAUGGCUUUUCCAAAAUGUUUGGAAAUGUUUAAACGAUCUCUUCUCAUGCAGUUUAUAUCGCUGGCCUUAUACGUUCUGUGGCUGUUUGAGGAACAUCUGCAAAAUAUGUUUUGUAAAUUGAUAUUAACUAUCACCUACGCUAGUAUGAUGCCUAAAGUGGAAUAUGAGAGCUCGAAUUGUAAGGCAGGGAUGUUAUGACUUUCAGCUGAACGUUACACAGUGAGGCCCUGUGGUGAUCUGAGAGCUUUGUCUGAAGUUAUUUUAACAUUUGGUAGUAUAAAUGAAAACAAGCAUGAACACUGUCUUGAAUUAAGCAAUGGUAAUAAUUUUCUAUGGGAAGUUACAAAACAAUGAAGAUCUGAGUGGAUUUAUGGUUUUUGUGCGGAGGAUAAGUGACUUGACAAUCUAGGCACAACAAAUCCAUUAUAAAAAUAAUAAUUUUGGGGUAAAUCUAUACUUAAGUAUAUUUUGUUAACUCAAGUUCUUUCAGUAGUUAACAUAAAAAUGGUUAAAGUACAAUAUGCACGGUAAAAGAAAAAUGAACAGUAUAAAACCAAUUUCAGCAGUAAAAUUAAAUAAUAAACAGGUCUUAACUUUAAAAAGGCCAAAACCUCAGAAUGGUUGAGCUAAAAUGAAAAUCUGGUCCCUUUUUGAAAUGCAUUUAUGUGAUGAGAAUGUGACAGGCUUUUGUUCUGCUGAAGUAGCGUUAUUGGCUUCUGCACAAUGCAGUUUGUGCAAGCCAGGUGAGCUAGCCCAUAUGAAUGUAAGAUUGAGUUUCAGCUAAACCAUAAUUGUGAUAAAAAAGUGAGGACUUCACUAAAACAUCGUUGUAUAUCCUCCUUCCUAAUUGAGUUUCCCGUUCAGGGUUCCAGCCAGGUAUUUCCUCUGAUCAGGACAUCCCACUCUUUUCUCACCCUGAUUAAUCACAUGAUUAAUGGAUUGUGUAAGGGUUGUUGUUUCGUUCUUCUCUCUCUCCUCCCACCCCCCCAAUUCCCCCACCCCCCAAAAAAUGUGUGUGUUGUUUGUGCAAGCCUUAAGGUUCUUCCCAAGCAUGCUGAUAAUUCCCUUUUGUUUUUCAGUUGCCUGCUUUGGGCCACAGUGCCGGCAGCUCUCUCAACCUCAAUUAGUUGUUAGGAGGAGUGGUUUAUUAGACUUCCAAGUAGUCCAAUGUAACAGAAAUGAAUUUAAGUGAACUCUUAACAGUUAUGCACAAUUGUACAGUCUUUGGAGCAGUGGACCAUGUGAUUUCAGAUGACUUGGGGAAAUUUAGAAAACUGAAAGUUUAUUCAAUACAAACUAGUAUUGGCUUAGGCAGUAGAUUUCCUCAAUCUCUACUGGAAGUGAAUUCAGGAACGCCAUGUGGCUAUAACAUCUUCUCAAAUCAUGUGUUAGAUCUCAUCAGCUAAUGUGUAGGACUCAAACAAAACAUUGAUCCUCUUGUGCUUUGUUCAAGUCAUGUAAUACUCCAUGCUUUGAAACGAAUGCUUAGAUGGAACAGUCUGAAAGUAAUUGACCGGCCACUUAGAAGGCUAGUAUUCUAAAUGUCACGUUAGUGGGUCUGCAAGUGUUGUAAGCUACAUUGGUCCGCUACAGAGAAUACCAUUUGUGUACACGUGUGGGUGGAUUGAUAUUGACCUACUAGUCUUGUCAUAUUACCCCAUUCAUGUGGAGAAAGUCAAGGUAGCUGUGUUGACUCAUGAGACAGAUGUCAAAAUCUGUCUUAGGGCAAUGUGUUUAUUAGGCAGACAAUAUAAUGUAAACUUUCACAUUCUCCAGAAUUUUUCAUCGGGAUAGAUGGUAAACAGAUUGAGACAAGGGAGGAAAAGGUUGGCUGUUGAUGGAGUCUGCAUCUGAAAAUAGUCUUAAAAUGGACGAUGGGAGGAGGCAGCAGGCUCUGUUAGGUAUAAGGCAGGGUUCAGGUUGCACUUGCGGAUGUUUUGAAGAAGGAACAUCCAUCCAUAUUAGAGAAUAUAAUAUUCAGCUGUUACUCAGAUCUGUCUCCAUCCUUAGGUGAAACUUACACCUUUCUUACUCCUAUUUUUCUCCUACCAAAGAACCUGUGUGUUUCACCUGACUCAAGCUAUAUUGAUGUCAUUUUAACUACUACUACAGUAGCUUCAUAUAGAUGCCAUGAAUACUAACAGUAACAUUUGAUUCAGUGCGUUUUGAUUACAUAAUUAUAAUUCUUUAUGGGUCACUUUGCUAUCACAUUGAAAUUACUAUCAAAUUCUAAUGUUCUGUAAAUGCAUGUGAUUGAUUUUCCUCUUUGGCAUAAAUUGCAUCUCUUAGGAUGCUGGUUUAUAACAUCUUCAUUUUCCGGUUUCUAAGAACGCAAAGAAAGCAUACCAAUUUUAAUUAUUGGCCUAUAAGCCAGUAAUGAAAUUACCAAAUCAUAAAUGCUGCCAGAGGGGAUACUUUGCUUCCAUGGUGAUUGCUUUUAAUUUUGAUUUGGUCAAAAACCCAAUUUCUCAUAGAUGUAUAAUAAUGUGCACAUCAACUUACUGGGGUUUGACAAACUUAUUUUCUAAAUUUAUACUUUUAAAAAUGCAGAUUUUAAAAAAGCCCUUCUUGGUACAAGGGAAAGAAAUGAGUUAUAUAUUUCUUAGCUAGAUAGCCUCAGACUACUUUCUUGUUCAAUGUUGUUUACAUUUCUUGGCACAGAGUGUGGCCUUUCAUUUUUAUUCCAGACUUCAGCAAGAAACUUCAUGUUUUUUUAAUUACUUUUCUGUUACACAAACAUGCAAACAAGAAGGAGAAGACAUAACAUGCAGUGCAGACCAUAUUGGCAAUUGCAAUGUUUUGAAAAAGUUUAACAUCAAAUACGUAGCUGUGGUUGACUCAUCUCUGUGUCAGUUAUUCCAGUGUAAAUAAGAUAUACAUAAGGGAAUCUGGGAACUUUUAUAAAAUCGGGGGAAGUUUGCACAGACUUAUCAUUCUAGAUGGUGAUUUACAGCUAAUUUGUCACUAGAGCCAAGUAAUGCUAAACUGCUACCUCUGUAUUCAUUACUUUGCACAUUCUUCCUUCUUUGUCUUUUGGUUCUGUUACAAUCUCUCCUACUAAGACUUAAAAUUAGCACUCGUCUGGAUAAUAGCAGCAAGCUUAUUUUGUAUCUUCUGAUUUCUCAUCUCCAUCCUCUUAACACCUGUUCUACCUUCUGCUGUUCAUCUUCCUUGUUCUGGUCAUGAUUUUGAUGUGUUGCCUUUUGCUGCUCCCUCUUUUCCAUUGCUUGUCUUUUCCUCCAGUGAGUUCACAUUUUCAAGACAUUACAUUUCUUCUUUCUUGCUUCUGUUUUGCUGUGACAUCACCAGAAUUGCAAGCAGGGAUAACCAACAUGGUGCCCUCCAGAUGUUGCUGAAUUCCAACUCUCAUCAGCCCCAGCUGGCGUGACCAGCAUUCAAGGAUGAUGGGAGCUGUAGUCUUUAUGCAGAAAUAGGUGCCAAAACUGUAGGCGCCCUUGUCCAUUUCAAACAACAAAAAAGCUACACUUCAGUAACAUGCGAUCUAGUUUGCAUAAAUUAUUCCCCAUUCCUUAACACUUGUGUUGUAAUAUCAUGCUGAAAUGCCAUUAAUUCCACAUCUUUUCAGAACAAUUUGCUGGCACAGUAAAUUUCAGUGUUGGACUGUAAACACUCCAGUAGAAGUCAUUUUUAUACUGCUUUCUCAUUAUAAUAGGAUUAUUCUUGCUAUCCUGCUGCUUAUAUAGAGCCAGGCUUUUUGUUCGUUAGCUGAAAAGCUAUUUUGAGUGAUGUUUUAAUUCAAAUUUCUGACCAUGUUCCAGGAUGCUGACUCCAAUACAUUGUUGCAGCCAAUGUGUGGCUAUUGCAAAAAACAGUAGUUUUUCUUCACCUGGUAAUAUUUAGUAAUAUUAAACACAGUGGUGCCCCGCAAGACGAAUGCCUCGCAAGACGAAAAACCCGCUAGACGAAAGGGUUUUCCGUUUUUCGAUGUGCUUCACAAGACAAAUUUCCCUAUGGGCUUGCUUCGCUAGACGAAAAAGUCUUGCGAGUCUUGCGAUUUUUUUCGCUUUCCCCCCCUUUUUCUAAGCUGCUAAGCCGCUAAUAGCCUUUUAGCCGCUAAGCCGCUAAGCCUUUAAUAGCUGCUAAACCGCUAAACCACUAAAAGCGCUAAUCCGCUAAGCCGCUAAUAGGGUUGCUUCACAAGACGAAAAAACCGCUAGACGAGGAGACUCGCGGAACGGAUUAUUUUCGUCUUGCGAGGCACCACUGUAUGUGACGUGUUGUUAGUUUCCAGACCUUACAAAUGACCAUUUAAGUGGAGAGGUGUCAGCUGAAGGCCAACCACUAUUGUCUGUGAAGUUAGAUCUUUAUUCCAAGAAACCAAAUCAAUGCAGGCCUCGUGACCCCAGCAACUCUUCCCCAAAGGUCUUGCCUCGAUGAGGCAGUUGCAAGGACUGAAGGUCCCCAUCUUCCCACCACUCUCUUAGACUCCUUCCCUGGGUUAUUCCCCAGCCACCUGAGGCUCCUUUGCCUUGCUUCUCUUUGUUCCACCCUCUUCAUGGGAGACCGGAGAGCAGCCUGCCUCCAUUCUGCCUCUUGACCCCCCCCCCCUUUCUAGCCUCCACCUCUGAUUCAGCCCCUUCCUGCUCGCUAAACCCUAUUACCUCUUCAGCUUCUGACACUUCCUCUGGUCCCUCUGCUCCCUCUUCUACCUCUCAUCGUUGUUCCGACACCAAUCCCCUGGCUCUGAGCCUUCUUCCCCUGGGGGUUCCUCAGCUGUUGCCUCACACCACUGCUCUGCAUCCAGCCAGUCCAUGACAAGAAGGUGCAGGAAAGCUUGCAAUGAGAUCAUGUUGCAUUACUAAGCAUUAUGUCAGGGGUUAUGACACGGGUGGCGCUGUGGGUUAAACCACAGAGCCUAGGACUCGCCGAUCAGAAGGUUGGCGGUUCAAAUCCCCGCGACGGGGUCUGCUCCCGUUGCUCGGUCCAUGCUCCUGCCAGCCUAGCAGUUCGAAAGCACGUCAAAGUGCAAGUAGAUAAAUAGGUACCGCUCCAGCGGUAAGGUAAACAGUGUUUCUGUGCACUUCUCUGGUUCACCAGAAGCGGCUUAGUCAUGCUGACCACAUGACCCGGAAGCUGUAUGCCGGCUCCCUCUGCCAAUAAAGCGAGAUGAGCGCCACAACCCCAGAGUCGGUCACGACUGGACCUAAUGGUCAGAGGUCCCUUUACCUUUAUGACACAUCAGGUCUAGGAACCAAAAGUGACUCUCGAGGCCUCUGUCCCCCUCGGGGACUCAUCCCAGGCCAGACACCUUCUUGAGUCACAUCCCUUGCACUUGAAGUUGCUGUCCAUCUAGCAUUUCAAGUUUCUUCAUAAGGAAACCAGGAACUUAAUUUGUAUCCCAAGGUAAACCCAAAUUUUGGAAAAGAAACUUAAGUCUUUUUUAAAAAGUAUGCUGUAACAUACAGUGGUACCUCAGGUUACAUACGCUUCAGGCUACAGACUCCGCUAACCCAGAAAUAUUACCUCAGGUUAAGAACUUUGCUUCAGGAUGAGAACAGAAAUCGUGCGGCGGUAGCGCAGCGGCAGCUGCAGGCCCCAUUAGCUAAAGUGGUGCUUCAGGUUAAGAACAGUUUCAGGUUAAGUACAGACCUCCAGAACAAAUUAAGUACUUAACCUGAGGUACCACUGUAUUUUUCUAUGGUGGUUCUCUCCCUCCCUCCCUCUCUCUAAUUUGACAUAAAGUCCAAGAGUUUCUGACUUCAUUUUGUUUUCACCUUCCACUGCCAGUAUCGUUGACUUAUACCAAGCCUAAUGUUUGCUGAAAGAGGAACAUAUAAAUUUAUAUUGGAGGAGGAUGUAUUAUUUAUAUGAACGUGGGGUCCCCCCCCCGCAAUCUGUUUCCUGAAGGAAACAUUUUCUUCAGUAUUUUUGCUAAUUCUCACCUCUCCCUAAAUGGAUGUUGGCUGGUUCCUCUGUUCUAACUCUUAUCGUCCUUCUGUGAGCUACCUUGAUGUUUUGGAUUUGUGAAAAUGUUUGUUUUUAGCGGAAGUAAUAAUUUGAAGAAAUUGCAGCUAAGCAGAAGAUACUGGAACUUCAAAGCAUUCCUUACAUGCUGUUCUUUCAGGCAUGGAAAUGGAUUUGGUGUUAGAAGCUAACAGCAGAAAGUCUUACACAGCCCAGUUGCUUGUGCUCUUGGUGGAUGUGACUGUACUCAAUUCUCUGACUAAAAAGCAGAUUGUGAGGGGAAUUGCAGAUGUGGUUUGUAGCAAGCCAGCCAUCUAGUUACAACUUAAUUUAGCAGGAGAGUUUUGUGUAGCUCCUUCCAUGACUUUAUUUCUCUAUUUUACCUCCUCCUUAGACCCCUCUACAGUCUACUCCAAACUGGUGCCCUUCCAUCGACCCCACACAUCAUGGUUAAGGAUGGUGGCCAUCACAGUACAAUAUAUGGAGGGCACCAGUUUGGGGAAGGCUGAGCUACAUGUUCCUGAGACAGUGCAAUAGAUGCUGACCUUCAAGCUUUCUCACCUGUAUGUUCCAGGAGCUGUGGUUCAAUAUUUACUCAUGGCUUUUCAGCAUGUUUCUUAACACGCAAGCUGUGUAAACAUGCUCUAAAGUAAAAGCACAUGUAGAAGUUUUCAUUUGUUCCUGGAACUUCAUGGGACCAAACCCAAAGUUAGUUUCUGCCACAUCGCUCAAGGUCUAAGCAAAGUAGAUUUAGCGUCUUGUCCUAUUCCAGUGUAGGGCUAAAUAAUUUUUCCCCUGGCAGGACCCUACUGUGUAUAGAAUGAUUUUUUAAAAGCCACUAUGCCCAUCAAUUACAGAAGUAGGUAUUAAUUGGAAAGCCAGAGUGGUGUAAUGAUUAGGGUAUAAGACUAGGACCAGGGAAAUCCAGGUUCAAAUACCCACUAAGCCUUGAAACCCACUGGGUUGGGACAGCCACUACUUCUCAGCUUUACUUACCAAAGAAGAUAGUUUGUGGAAUGCUCUCCCCAGAGAGGCUCGCCUGGCGCCUUCAUUAAAUAUAUUUAGGCACCAGGCAAAAACAUUCAUCUUCUCCUAUGCCUUUGGCUAAUUAAACAAUCACUGGCCUUUUAAACUGUGUUGUGGGGUGGUGUUUUUGUUUGUUACUAUGUUUUUCUGUUUUAGAUUGCAAACUACCCUGUGAUAUUCGGAUAAAGGGAGAUAUAAAAUGUAAUAGCAAAGGGGGCAUGUAUGGUGCCUUGAGCUCCUUAGAGAAAAGACAGGCUGUAAGUGCCAUGUUUUGUUGGAUUGUUUAGAAUAUAAACUUUUAGAAUGUAGCUGAUAAAAGAGGCAAUGUAUACUCAAAUGUGUACAUCUGGAGGAUUUUCUUAGUUCUGAUUGGACUUAACUGCCUGAUGCAGAAUCAUCCCACACUAACAAGUUUCAGUUGUCCCAUGGCAAAUUGAACUGAUGGAUCUUGUGUUAUCUACUGGAUUUUAUGGGAUAGUCAUUGCUAAGGUUUGUAACUAGGGCUGCAAUCCUAUACACAGUUACCUGGGAGUACCUCCAACUGAACUCAGUUUGACUUACUUCUGAGUAGACAAGUAUGAAAUUGUAUUUUGCCUGUUCAAGCUUAUUUUAUCAUGUAUUAUUAUGGAUUUUAAAACCUAUAAUGCAAACAUGUAAGCUAGUGGCAGUUUUGAAGGGAAUAUUUUUCCAGAGUUUCAAUUGCACAGCUUCCAAGAAUACAACCUUAUACCAAAACAAGUUAUCAGAGGGCAAACUCUAGAAUGUGUAUUUCAUCAUAACCACUGAUCUCCAGCAAUAUAUCUGCCACACUUCAGAAAACCUUUGAGGAGUCCAAUUAUUGUCAGCAUUACUUAAGUGUCAAGUUCACCCCAGUUCCUGUUUGUGCAUGUUUCUGUACUUUUCCUUCUGUCUCAAAGAGAGAGAGAGAAUUAUGGAUUGUCUGCCUUGUCUGGAAUAUCUUUAGUUCUGAUUUGGAUGCUUCUCGAAAGCAGAAUUGAUACAGAGUUUUCAUAUACUUUUUCGUAAUUCUGUUAUGCCCAUGUGCACAUGGGCAAGUUUUAAUUCUUAUUUUAUGGAAACUGUUGAACGCUGUCCACAGUGGUCCCCAUACAAGUUGUCUUCCAUCUUUCAGGUGAGUCCAUUGGCCUGUCAUGCUGUGGGACCCUACUCCUGCAAAAGGUUGUGUGGAAGGCUCCUUGACUGCCAGAAUCAUACUUGCAUGAAGGAAUGCCAUAAAGUUACUGAAACAGAUAGUAACAACGAUGUCCAUAAGGUAAGCUUGACCUUUCUUGAAGCAGAGCAAAAACACCUUGCUCUCAGGUGCUGCAAAAUGCAACCAGCUCAGAUGCUUUUAAAUGUUUUUGGUGAAUGGUUCAGUUAGGUUUGACUGUCCAUAUUAAAUGGCAAGGGGUGUGCAUGAGAAAGCACAUGGUUGUACAUUAAAUAAUAAAACAUGCCCAUUUUUCAGUGGAUUGUGGAGUCUUGUGCAGUUAAAAUUUUAUCCAGAAAUAAUAUGUAACAGUCUUGCACGGUUUCUGUUCUUCAUGGAAGUUCCUUGUUGGAAUUUUAAUAGUGUGAGUCAGUUGAUAAUGCCAAGCAAAAUAUAUGAAAUGGAAAGCAAUAGCACUUCAUAUUACCAUUGUGACAAUUAUUUCUUAUACCAUUAUUGCUCUACUUUUUAAACUGUUGACCGGAGAGAUGUUAGGUAUCCACCACAACCCAUAAGACCUCUUUCUUCAGCAACAAUUGUCAGUUCAGACAUCAUCAGUGUACAUGUGAAGUCAGUUUUUUAAAAAAAAUAUUGGAAGCCCUUUUUGUUCAUUAUAAAGAUAAAGAAAUGGAUAUGACUUUAUUCUUCUAAUAUUUUAUCAUUAUUUAGCUUCUGACAGUUUAAACUACAAAUACCAAAACAAAAUAAACAUCAGAUAAAAAGAACAAUACAGCACAAUUUUCCAGGUUUCUGAUACCCAUUUUUGUUUUUAUUACUGAUCUGGUAUUGAUUUACAUCAUUUUUGUUUCACGUAAUAUUUAUAAAUAUGUGUACAGUAUAGAAAACUAAAGCAACAACGUUUUACCUCUGAGUCUUUGGCAGUUUCCAGCUGAUGUCUUCCCUAUUCACAAAAUGAAAUAAAAGAAAAGCCAUAUAUUUUCAGAACCAUUGCUUUCAUUUGUAGCCUUUGACAUCUACAUUAUUUUACCUAAUAAUCAAAUUGUUGACUAUAGCUUGUGGUUAGUAAAGAGAGUGAAACCAUGAUCCCAGGUUUGGGCAAAACACUAUGACAAACUUUGGCUUACCUCAGCGUGGUGUGGGAAUGAAAAGGACCGGGGGGGGGGAGCAAAGUGCCUGUGAGCCCCCCCCCCGAGCCCACACAUUCACUGGUCCCAGUAAACCAGGCAAGGCCAAACUUGGCCCUCCAGAUGUUUUGGGACUACACUUCCCAUCAUCCCUGCCCACUGGUCCUGUUAGCUAGGGAUGAUGGGAGCUGUAGUCCCAAAACAGCUGGAGGGCCAAGUUUGGCCAUGCCUGCAGUAAACCUUAGUUAGUCUUAACGUGUCACUGUUUUUCAGCCUGACCUUAUCUCAUAGGGUUGUUAUGAAGAUAAUAUGAUGAGAGGGGAGAGUCGGUUGCUGGGGAGAGAGGGGUGCACAAGACUUUGGCAAACCCACCUAAUGGAAUGAAUGCUGGCAAGCAACUUCACUUCCUUUAUGUGUGUGUGACUCUAAAUAACUGUCAUUCCCUAAUGAGGUUUUUUUUUUUUUUAAUUGAACCACUUGUGGAAACAGACUUGUUUCCUGGACACUGUGCUAAAGGAGGCUAAAAUCUCUUAAGUAAAUUGCCCCGCUGAAAUAAUGUUAAACCUAGUUACAGUGGAUACAAAUAAAGAUAUUUAACCUUUAAAGAUUGUCCUCUUAUCUGUGGUGAGGAAUAUGCAUCCGUUCCUCUAACAUGCUCCUUUUCAGCUGUUUGUCGAAUAGAUUCCUGUCUCGAAAAAUUAUUUGUUGCUAAGAAGACUAUAAAAGUACAGAAAUCAUACUGAUGAAUGAUGUGUGUUGUGCUGUCAUUCACUGCCCUUGAUACUAUGUACUUUAUGGCAGAAACUAAAAACAGAAGGCUUUCUUGAGUAGUAAUUUUUGGCUUUUUGUGGGGGGUUUUUUAAACUUCUUGAAUCCAAUAUAUAUUUGAACAGUGACGCCUUAAUGACUCAAAUUAAUGUCUUUUGGUACUGUGCAGGUGAAAAGCAAGAAAAAGUUUUGCUUUGUACUCAAAUGCCAUAGUUACAAUCACAUAACAAUUUCGUUCGUUUUAACCUUUUUGAGAUUGACAUUUGGUGGCAUUAAAUGUCAUUUGCUUAGUCUCCACCUUUACUUCAGCUCUUGUUCUAAUUCCCCUUUUGAAAUUCAGUGCCGACUAGCUCAGCUACUUGUGACUGACAAGAGGGUCCUGUGUGGUGUUCUGGUGGUUUCGUAUAUAAUACUGCAUGCAUAUGUAAUAAUAAUAAUAAUUAAGGUAAAUGCAUCUUAGUAGAGGAAUUUAGCUAAAUGCUUGGUAAUGGGGUGGGGGGAGUGAGUUUGGAAUGGUAGUGAGCGGAUGAGAGUUUAAAGGGGAGUUUGAUGGUGGGACAGUUAGAGUUCAUUUGAGAGUUGCAUGGAGAGUGGAGUUAGUGUGGAGUCCGGGAGUCUGUGGUCGAUAGUGUAAGAGCAGGGUUACUUUAUUAAUAGAGCACCAGUAUUACAGUAACCGGACGUGGGUGGCGCUGUGGGUUAAACCACAGAGCCUAGGACUUGCCAAUCAGAAGGUCGGCGGUUCAAAUCCCCGCGAUGGGGUGAGCUCCCGUUGCUCGGUCCCUGCUUCUGCCAACCUAGCAGUUCGAAAGCACAUCAAAGUGCAAGUAGAUAAAUAGGUGGGAAGGUAAACGACAUUUCCGUGUGCUGCUCUGGUUCGCCAGAAACGGCUCAGUCAUGCUGGCCACAUGACCCGGAAGCUGUAUGCUGGCUCCCUUGGCCAAUAAAGCGAGAUGAGCGCCGCAACCCCAGAGUCGGUCAUGACUGGACCUAAUGGUCAGGGGUCCCUUUACCUUUACCUAUUACAGUAACCAUUACUGUCUAUUUAAUAAAGUGACAAAUAAGAUAAAGGCUGAAACCAUACGCUUAUGUACACCCAAGUAAUCAGACAGCCCUUGUUGAUUAUUUCCAUUUAAUAAAUUAUUGCAUUAAACCACACACUGUUUAUUUAGGUACACUAGGGUGGAGUAGUCAGAUAAAUAUUAUCUGUGGUGGCAGCAGGAAUAAAAGGGAGUUUUAGAAAUACCCAUCAAAAACCCAGCUCAGACCUGUGCAUCCUGUUAAGAGGGAGUGUGGGGAGUGCCUGAGCAUCUCAUGGCAGAGGCAGGAUUUGGGGUGGGUGGGUGGCAUGACAACCUGCAACAAAACGUUGCAGUAUUUAAUUGCCUCCUAAUAGGUGUGCUGCUGUUUAGGGUGCUGGCCAGCCAGCCAUGCUUUCCUUCAGCAGACCAUUCCAUCCAGUUUUCAGUUUUUCUGUUCCACGUUCUGUGGCUGCUGAGCAUUCUCAGUUCUCACGGGCUGUUUUUGGAAGGUGGUUUUUUUUCAAAAUGUACUUCUGAAAACUCUGCAUAUCCCAAUUGCAUCUUCCAAAUGUUUUGAUGUUUCCCUCUUGUUUCUGAGUUUCUUGGGGCUGCAGUCCUAUUGGCAUUUGGCACCUGAGUUUGUCGUGAGAAGGUGCAAUUACAGGGUAAUUCUGUAUUACCUUUAACUUGCUGUUCAUUUGCAUUUUUUAAAACUUGUAUUCUAGCCAACUGCAGAAGCCACAGUUAGCAACAGGGAAGGGAUCUUGCAGGUAUAUUUUGCUAUGAUUUUGGGGGGGCGGGCGCUUCACAUGUAAUGAGGAAUCGCUGCCAGAUGACCGUGAAAGAGUGUGCUGUUGGUUGCCUGCAGUUCUAAGUAACCUAUGAAGCUGCUCUGUGUGACUCCUAGAAACGAGAAUAGUGUGCUGUUUUUAUACCCUUGUUUUUUGUGUACUUUUGAAACAUUGCAGCUUGAUUUUGUGAUUUGCCUUCCUUUAAAAGCAAAAGGUAAUUAGGUUUGUUUACUUAACCAAGUGCAACCAUGGUUUUUUAAAAAAGAAGGGUUAUUGAACUAAUAAAUUGUCCAAAGAACAAAUAAUUCCAUCACUUCAUUUUCCCGUGUUACUAGGCAAGUCAAGAAUGUUCUCAGUGUGAAGAAGAAUGCUCCAAGCCACGACCACCUGGGUGCCCUCAUUCAUGCCCCCUGCCUUGCCACCCUGGAGAUUGCCCACCGUGUGCCCAGAUGAUACGGAUGAAGUGUCACUGCAAACUCACAAGCUUGUACAUUGAAUGCAUGUAAGUAAUUAAAGGAGACUCUGCUUCAGCUUUGAAAAUGUAAAAUACUAUGCAGUGUGUAUGCUGCCUUAGGGAAGAGCUUUUCUCCCCCCUGCCUUUCUUCUGGGAUGUUGGAAAUGGAUAAUUAUUAUUAUUAUUAUUAUUAUUAUUAUUAUUAUUAUUAUUUAUACCCCGCCCUCCCCAGCCAAAGCUGGGCUCAGGGCGGCCAACAAACAAUAAUAAAAACAAGUUGAAUGAAUACAACUUAAAAACAAGAUUAAAAUACAACAUUAAAAUAUUGAAACAUUAAAAUAUUAAAAUGCAGCCACAUCACAGGAGGAGAAAGGAAUAAGAAAGAAGAAAGAAGGGGAGGCAAUCAAAUUGGCUCCAAGCCCAAAGGCCAGGCAGAACAACUCUGUCUUACAGGCCCUGCGGAAAGAAAUCAGAUCCUGCAGGGCCCUGGUCUCAUGAGGCAGAGCGUUCUACCAGGCCGGAGCCAGUGUUGAAAAGGCCCUGGCUCUGGUUGAAGCUAAUCUAACUUCCUUAGGGCCGGGGACCACUAGGGUGUUGCUGUUUAUGGACCUUGAGGCUCUCCGUGGGGCAUACCGGGAGAAGCGGUCCCAUAGGUACGAGGGUCCUAGGCCGGUGCAGCAAGAAGCCUGUUUAAACUGGCUUAGAGGCAACUGUGUCUGCCUGCUUGGUCUUUCCAACAUCUGCACAUGAAAUAGGGGCGCAUAUCCAUAGCGUUCCUGUGCUGGCAGGCUGGUUUUAGCAACUGCCUUGCCACAUGCAGUUAGAGCCAUUCCUGAAGGGGAUUCUGCAGACUACCUACUGGAAUGCUGGGAAGAGAAACCCUGAGAAACUGGUGCAACUUGAGGCUUGUUUGAGCAAUUCUAACCAAGAGAGACACACAAGGAGGUGUGGAAAAUGUUUGCCCUGGAGAUCACGCUAGCCAGUAAAGUAGCAGGGACUUUUGGCCCAUUGGACAGCCAGCUUAUAGGAUCUUGCUCUACAUCCAUGUUACUGACAUAUUUUGGCAUGGUGUUGAACAACAGUGGAGGACUUUGGGCUUUCAAAUUUCCGUGGUGCCCUGUGCGAUGCCAAAAUUUGCCCCUCCCACCCUCCCUGCUGUUCCCUCUUAGUUUGGUACCCAGUGAGGGCAAACCAGUUGCCCUCCCCUAAAUCCGCCUCCGUGAAGAAGCCCAGAUGUUGACAUAAGCACCACAUAUGCUAACCAUUCUGAGAUAAUGUGCUUCCCCCUGUCAUAAGAGCGUAUUCACUGAACACACAUUGACCUCAUUCACAUGUAACACUAAACCAAACCAUGGUUUAAUGUAAACAUCUUGGCUCCUGAUGGGGAGAUUGCAGCUACUUUGCUCUGGUUCUGCUGUGCUAAGCUAAGCUAUGAUUUGGCUUUGCAUGUUGUCUGAUCCUGGGCUCAUGGUUUAGCUUACUCCAGACAAACCAUGGUUAUAGCUUAUGGUUUCUCUGAAGAGAGCGAAACCAAAAGCUCAGGUUCAGUGAAUCUGAGUUUCUCUCUCUCCCGCCUUGGUAAAAGCAGUUUGUUCCUCCUGGCUCUCUGUUCUUCUGUCAGUUAAGUGUUUCUCUUCUGCAGUCUUUCCCUAUUUCUGUUUGUUGCCGCAGCGUGUCUGUACUAACACACUGUCUCUGUGUCUUGUCAUCUUUCUUUCCCUGCUUUGCCGGAAAAAACAAAACAAAACUCUGUCUUUCUCUCUCUGCUUUCUCCUUAGUCGUAUUGUGCCUUUCUGUUUCUGUGUAUAAUUCCUUCUUCACUUUGCUGUAUUUUCUACUGGCUGUCCCUUUCCUAUACAGUGGUACCCUGGGUUAAGAACUUAAUUCGUUCUGGAAGUCUGUUCUUAACCUGAAACUGUUCUUAACCUGAAGCACCACUUUAGCUAAUGGGGCCGCCGCUGCACGAUUUCUGUUCUCAUCCUGAAGCAAAGUUCUUAACCUGAGAUAAUAUUUCUGGGUUAGCGGAGUCUGUAACCUGAAGCGUAUGUAACCCGAGGUACCACUGUACUUUCUGAGGAGACAUUUGCCAGUUGGGAGAAGCUGCUGGCCAUUUUCUUCGCGUCCACCAUUGCCGUCAGCGGAGCAGCGGCAUGGACAAAAUUUGAUUGGCUACGGCAUAUAGUGGUCGUGCAUCAGUUGCUGCUCUACCGCAUGCAGUCUUUACUGCCUCAGAUCGCUCCUGCGUGAGCCCGCAAUCGGUUCUGGCCAUGAGACAGCUGUUAGGGGACUUUCCGCCUCCAUUUCAAACAGCCGAUCCAGCUACUAUAAAGUGCAACAGCCACUUUCUGCUUCCUGGGCCUGGAUUACACAACAGUUUCCAGCGUAAACUAUUGCCACUCAACAGUUAAGCCGAAAAGGUCGCCUUCUGCUGACAGCUUCUGCUAUUUACUUCCUACUUCCAACAGCACUCCAAGUGUGUGUGUGUGUGUGUGUGUGUGUGUGUGAGAGAGAGAGAGAGAGAGAGAGAGAGACAGACAGAGACAGACAGACCGACAGACCGACCGACCAACCGACCUGGGUGUGCUGCAUAGCUGCAGCUAAUUAUUGCCUUCUCUGUGUACAUUGGGGGAUCAACGGUGCCUGUUUCAGUGGGUUUCUUCCCGCAUUCUAAGUGCAAUAUUUUCAUUAUGCCACCUGUGCUCUAUAACUGACUUCUUUCUAGUGCCUAAGGAAGCGGGCCAGCCUGCACCUAAGGAAGCAAAGCAAAAGUCUAAGCUUUUUCAGCCCACGAGCUAUGCUGCCAUCACAUUUGGUUUGGGGGCUAAGUGACACAUACGUGGCAUGCAAGGCAUUUUUUUCAUUAGAAGAAAUCAUUUAGUAAACAUUGGGUUGCUAAUGAGCCCCGCUCAGCUGCCGGCAAAGUGGCAAGAGCAAUAAUAGCAUGCAUUAGUGUUGUGCUCAAACGUCCCCCAAUAUAAUGCAGACUUUUAAGAACAAAGUAGUACCCUUUUUAUGAGCUACUUAACAAAGAUGGAAACAACCGAGUUUGGUGGCAUCUUAAAUACUAACAAAUGUAUUACGGCAUAAUCUUUUGUUUAUUAAAACCCACUUUCUCAGACAUGUUGCCUUUAUUUGACAGGAUGUGCUCUCUCCCCCUCUCUCUCACGCACUUUGUAAACAGUGUGUACUUGUUCAUUUUAACUCCUUUUUAAAUGUUGUCGUCUUUCUCGAUUUAACUCUAAUUUCUUCAGAAAAAUCACCUGUGCUGACUUAAAGGAAAAAGAUGAGCUGAGUUCCUGCAAAAAUCAGUGUCCAAAAGAGGUAAGUUAUAUAUGAAUUAAAAACAUUUGGGGAAUAUUUAAUAAGUACAGCAAUCCCCCCCCUUCUUAAAAUUUAUUUGUGUGUGUGUGUGUUUUUACUUGUUAAACACUGGCAAAAUAACAUGAGGUAUUUAAGUGUGUAUUCCCAUUUGCAAGUGUACUUUUAUCCCACAAUUUUCACUGUGCGAAACUCUGGUGGUGGUUCGUUGUUGUUGUUGUUGUCGUUCUUUAAACUGGUAGGGCAGAAUAGAGAAAAAGUAUAUUAUUCUGAUGUAUAUGUUAUGCAAGAUGAAUAAAAAAUGAUUUAAUAACAUAAAAAACGUAAAAAAUUGUAGAUACUAAUUCCCUAAGUAAUAACUUGGAUAAUAGUGGGUAAUUUGAAUAUAAGCAUGCUACCUAGCUUGUAAAAGGGAUGUGGGUGGUGCUGUGGUCUAAACCACUGAGCCUCUUGGGCUUGCCGAUCAGAAGGUCAGCAGUUCGAAUCCCUGCAACAGAGUGAGCUCCCAUUGCUCUGUCCCAGCUACUGCCAACCUAGCAGUUUGAAAGCAUGCCAGUUCAAGUAGAUAAAUAGGUACCGCUGCAGCAGGAAGGUAAACAGCGUUUCUGUGCGCUCUGGCACUCGCCACAGUGUUCCGUUGCUCCAGAAGUGGCUUAGUCAUGCUGGCCACAUGACCCGGAAGCUGUCUGUGGACAAAUGCCAGCUCCCUUGGCCUGAAAGCGAGAACCAGGAAUUCCAGGCAGGUGCGUGAGGACGAGGGAUGGAGUGCUUUGUCCCACCUUCACCAGCACCCAGCAGGCUAUUAUUAUUAUUAUUAUUAUUAUUAUUAUAUUUAUUUAUUAUAUACAAGUAACUUUUGGGGGCUUAUUAGAAGGGUACAUUAACCCUACUGUUAACCUCUAAAUGGAAAUUGCAGAAUGCACAGAAAAGUGUACAUUUCUUACAAAAUGGAAGAGUUUAAGGCCAGAACAUGCAGGGUUUAUUUUCUCUUUCUUGCUGGCAAGGGGAAAUUAACUCUUCCCAUUAGCACUUGGGUAGAAAAGCAAAACGUUUAUUAAUCUCUAAACCAGAGCUCACCAACCUUUUGGGUCUCAUGGGCAGAUUUACAAACCAGAGAAACUGUCAUGGUCACCAAGCACACACCACAGUUGUGUAUCCAUGCAUGCAUGCGCGCGCGCGCACACACACACUUCCCUGUCCCUAGCAAUUAGGCUUGGACAAAUUAAAGAGGUCAGAUCUGAAAGCCUGGUGAAAUAAAUGAGGUUUUUGCCACUGAGUAGACCCUUUCCCUACUAGCCAUAGUUUUUCCUUCGCAAGCCAGGAAGAUCAUCCACCUCUGUAACAACUAGGCUACAAUAGAAGGCUUUCCUCCCUAAGCCUAUUGGAGCCAUCACUUCCUCUACUAACACGCUCAUGCAGCUGCAUGCAAUUCCUGGCUCCCCAUAGCUACGAGGCUAGUGUUUAAAAGCAAGAGUGGUCUAACAAGUUUAUUUCCAUGUUAUUUAAAAUUAACCUCGUUUCAAGUUUUAAAAGAAACUUAGCAUUUACAUUUUUAUUUAUUUAAACAAUUAAUCCAAUUAAAAUUUUAAUAAUAAUAAUUCUUCUAAAAUGUGAGGUUUUGAGACAUUUGUUUGGCUACAGUAGUACUAAGCACAGAAGGAGCUUUCACUGUCUGGUGCAAGUGAUACCUUUUUAGUGUCCCUCUCCUUUUCUCUUUAGGGAUCAAGCAAACUUUGAUGCUGCCAGAGGCAAAACUUUCAGUGUCCUAUAACAGAAAGUUUGUAAAAACAGCAACUAUUGCUGACCUUUUGCUAUUACGGAAUUCAAGGCAGUGUAAUGUAAAUUUAAUUAGAUGGUAUUAUGUUUUGUAAGUAUUUUGCAUUUUUUGACAUUUUGUCCCAUCACCUUAAAUGGGCAAAUGCACCCUAAAAUGCAGCGUAUAAAUUAUUAAAUAGAAAUAGGCAGUAGUUGUCUUCCAAUGUUAUGAGAAUCAGCCUAGUCCCUCUCCAUGUUUGCAUUUUACUCUCUACUUCUGUUGCGGCUGCAAAGAGAUUUGAAGCUUGCAUUUUAGAUUAACCACAUUUUUAAUGUGUUGUCUGAACCCUAAACUGUGUUUAUUCUUAACUGUGAUUAGUGAAAAAGCAAAUAUCUUCAUAAACUAUUGUUUGAAGUUGGAUUGUUUGUCUGCAUUCAGAGAUAGGGUUUAAACCUCAACACCCUCAUGGAAAUCCAAAUCACCCUCUCCCCAAUCAUCAGAUGGAUCAAAUACAAAUGUGGGGAAUGUGUUAGCCUCAUGGGAUCCUCGGCUCAUGGUCAUAUUGUUGAGCUAUGGUUUAGUGUGGCAUCUGAACCAGCCUACUGCUAAGUUAUUAGACACUGAGCUCUUUCAGAGUAUUCAUUUUGCUUUUUAUCACUUUGAUGUAAAGCUAUAAAAAUACACUGUAUAAGGCACACAGUAUGUCAGAGAAAUGCUUGUUUCUUGAGCAGUGAAUAGAAUAUUGUUUUGACGGGCAGAAUGUGGCAUGUGAUUUGAGUCAUAUUAUUUUAUGCUUAAGUUCCAAACAAUGUGAAUUAAAGCUUGCUAUAAGAAAAUGUUAGCAUUACAUUUUUUAAAAAAAGCUACACACAAAAACCACUGCUGACUUAGAAAGUCAUGGUGAAAUAUUUGAGAAUGAUGUUUGAUGUUUAAUGUUUUAUUUUGUUUUUAUAUUUUGCUGGAAGCUGCCCAGAGUGACAGCAUAUAAAUAAUACAAUUAAUAUAAUAUAAUACUGAGGUCCAGCGCUGAGGGCCUUCUGAUGGUUCCCUCCCUGCAAGAAGUGAGGUUACAGGGAACCAGGCAGAGGGCCUUCUCAGUAGUGGUACCCAGCCUGUGGAACGCCCUCCCAUCCGAUAUCAAGGAAAUAAACAACUCUCUGACUUUUAAAAGACAUCUGAAGACAGCCCUGUUUAGGGAAGUUGUUAAUGUUUGAUGUUUUAUUGUGCUUUUAAUGUUCUGUUGGGGGCCACCCAGAGUGGCUGGGGAAACCCAGCCGGAUGGGUGGGGUAUAAAUAAUAAAUUAUUAUUACUUUAUUCAUGCAAUUCAGCUCAAAUUAAUUGCUCCCAAGAAGUAAUGGAUGGUUUAAAAAUCCUAGGAGAAUAGAAAGGUCUUUCUUUAUCUGGUGACAAAAAGAUAUUAACUUAAGUACCAGACAAGCCACACUGGGGACGAUAUCCCAUAAUCCCUGUUGGCUACCCACUUUACCUCUCAGUGCAGGAGGAGUCUGUCCUGCUUUACAUGAACUGUGUGGGAGCAUGUUGAGCUGAAUUCUGGGUGCUCCACUGUGUCCACCUGACUAUUGCAUAUAUGCUCAGGACCAUGUUUGAAUCGGCCCACGGAAGUGAAAAUCACUGUAUUAAAAACUUGUUGAAUAAAUGUGCAGAUGCUGAUACCUAAACAUAAAUUUGAACUUGAAAGCAUUUAUAUACCCCCAUCUGGUUAUACAUUUGGUUAUAUCAUGUAUUGUAUAAUGCAAGUAGUCUUCUUGAUUUAUUAACGUAAAAAUACAUUUACUAGGAAACUGAAAAUGUCAAAAACAGACAUCCUAAAUAUUAAAAUAAUUAUGGCCCCUGUGACAUUUCCCCCCAAGAGCAGUCUGCAGAAGCAAAUUCACAUUAAAAAUGAGGUUCUCCAGAUAAAAAAAUCCCCCCAACCUACUGGAAACUAAAGCAUCUCUAUAAAUCAUGAACUCCAAUGCAAAGUUUAGGUAUGUGCUUCUGAGUUUGUUUGUUUUUUAAAAAUACUCUUUUAAAAGUAUCUGAAAGUGCUUACAGUUUUUUUUCUUUGUGUUUGUUUCAUAGUUUUGAGAAACAAAACUUGUUACUUCAGUUUUUGAAAACGCAUACUGGAAAUAAUGGAUGUUUUAUCAGAAUCCUCCCAGAAUGGCCAUGUUCAGGCAUUUGGGGCGAACAUGUGUAGGUUUAAGGAAUAUUAGAAGCCCUUUCGGUCCUUCUCACUGAAUGCAGGAAGUCCUGAGAUGGUGCCAUGGUGUGGGAAGACACCAAGGGCUUCCUGCAGCCAAUCAGAAGCCGUGCUUUGGUUUCCGAACGUUUUGGAAGUCAAACGGGUUUCAGGAAAGGAUUCCGUUUCACUUCCAAGGUACAACUGCAUAGGUUAGACAAGUUUGAGGUGGGUGCAGAAUUGGGAGCUGGAUUGCUUAUCUUUGAUGUCGGAAUCCAGUAGAUGUUUCCAAUAUUUGAGCAACUGCAUUCUGAAAAGCGGUCAUGCUAGAUAAAGCAUGACAAAUGACAAGACAGGAAUGCAAUUGUUGCAUUAAUUGUAUAGAAGAUAUCUUUGCAUCAUAGCUUCCAAAAUCUUCAAGGAUUAGGAGCAGAAUAAAUAUGUAAGGAGCAAAUGCAAGUCAACAGUAACAAAGCAUUUAUUUAGCAGUCUUGAAAUACCACUCAGGAGUCGUACUGGUGCUCCAUUUCAGAGUAUCAUUUUCUUUCUGCCACCCCAUGUUAUAGUUGUCCUGUGGUCAUCGAUGUAAAGAGAUCUGUCAUUCUUCCGACUGUCCUCAGAAUUGCAACCAGAAGGUUAAAGUCAGGUGUCCUUGCAAGAGACUCAAAAAGGUAAUUUCAUACUCUUCUGAAAUCUGUACUUUUCUAUUAAAAUAUUUGAUUGAUAUUUUUAUUCCAUUUUUUAAAAAUUAUGGUAUUGUUAUACCACUCUUCAUAAUAUCUGACCCAGGAUGGAUUCGUGGUAUGUGUUAAAGCAGUAAGUUAUAUAGGCUAAAACUAUUAAAAUCAAUAAACUGAGGGCGCAAAUUGUGUAUCAGUUAAAUGGCAGAGUGAAAACUUUCUGGUAUUUAAGAUGCAACAUCCUUCCAGUUUUUAAAAUAUCUGAGAAAAUAAAAAUGUCUUUACUUGACGCCUAAGCUAUAACAGUGGGUGCUAGUUCCACAUAACUUUUGCUAGUUUUUUACAUUUUAGAUAUUGAAAUUAUUUAAAAAUCAUUUAACAUUUAAUGUGAGCCACCUUGAUAAAUCAUCUCUGAAAAAUGGAUAAAUAAAAAUUUUCUCUAAUGUGAAUUCCAAAAUUCCCAUGUACUGCAGUGAUGCAAAUAUAAUUCUGAAAUAGGGCAAAUACUAUGGAAUUUCUACCUUUAUAACACAAGGGGAUUUUAGAGUGAAGAUGGUUGCUUAGAUAUCAUAGCCUUAAAAGAAAUCAUUGUGCAGUUAAUUGAAUUAAAAGUGUUCAGACUUCAGUAUUAUCCUGGGAAAUAUAUGGUAUAGUUUAGCUCAAGUAUGGCUAGUCCAGAGUAAGAAGAGGAAAUACGUUUUCCUGGCCAGUAAUCAGGAAAAGGCAUAUUUAAUUACAUAAAAAACUGGACCAAGAACUGUUGUUAAACUUGUGAAUCCCUAAUGCAUUUUACAGAAGACUUUCUCAUAGUCUCAGUGCAACUGUGGUGUCAUCAUCACCCCUGAAGCAGACAGUAUAAUGGACAAAUGACUUCCUCUUACAUGACAUUAUUAAUUUUUUUGCCAGAUAGCAAUAAGUUUCAUUCUUAAUAACACUAAGAAGAAUUGCUUGGCACAAGUAGUGUCUGGCUUUUUGAGGAAAAGCAAUUUAUAAAUGUAACAAACAAAUAGUGUAUAACGUCAUCUUUUGGGAUCUGAGAUGCUCACAUAAUCCAUGCCUGCAACAUGGGACCCAUCUCUCUUUCUCUCUUACAUAUAUGUCUGCUUUCAUUUCCCCCUAUCUUUUUUGUAUGCAUACCUGAUUAGAGCGAGUCCCUAAAACGUCUCGUGUUAAUCGCAGCACCUUCUAUCAAAUAUAAGGCUCAUAUAAGAAAUGCUGGAAAGUCAUCUUAAGAAAUCAGCUGUUUGGUUAAUGCACUAUAAAGAACACAAAAUGUUAGUCUAUUUCCAUGCAGGAGAAUUUAAGUUUAGCUUCUCCACUGAAAUCAAUGUGACAUAGAAGUGUUGAACACUGGCUGGAUCAACCCUAAGAGAUGCGGGUAUUUUAGACUGGUGUUACCAAGGAAAGGGGAGAGACAAAGAAGGUGAAAUGGCGUUUGUGAGGGUGAGACACCUAACAAAGACACUAGUCCAAGCUCCUCACACACAAAAGAGUAUUAAGCUCUUUAUUAGUGUUUGUAAUAGGGACGCAGGUGGCGCUGUUCCCGUUGCUCAGUCCCUGCUCCUGCCAACCUAGCAGUUCAAAAGCAUGUCAAAGUGCAAGUAGAUAAAUUGGUACCACUCCAGUGGGAAGGUAAACGCUGUUUCUGUGUGCUGCUCUGAUUCGCCAGAAGCUGCUUAGUCAUGCUGGCCACAUGACCCGGAAGCUGUACGCCGGCUCCCUUGGCCAAUAAAGCGAGAUGAGCACCGCAACCCCAAAGUCGGUCACAACUGGACCUAAUGGUCAGGGGUCCCUUUACCUUUACCUUCACCUUUUAACAAGGCUAAUGGAAUAUCCUGAAUUUGGCUUGCUUACCCACUUCAAUGAGAAAAGCAUAUACUUGGCUGGAGUUGUGAAGCAAAGAGUUGUGUAAUUUCAGUAUGUGAAGAGUUGAGUUUCUUAUUGAAAGAAGGAGCACCCACAUGACAUACAAAAAAAGAAAAUCUAAAAAAUAGAUUGAUAGGGAAACCUUUAACCUCUUAGGCUUUGUAGUACAGUUAUUGCUUUCACUAGGUUCUCAAGGUUAAACUGUGAAGACAUGCCUUGAAAAAUGUAUUUUUCAAAUGUAAAUUCCCCAGUCCAAGAAAUCAUGAAGACUAGCUCAAGCACUCCCUUCAUGCCCAAAUUUAGACCAGGCUUCCUGGUUAAAGUUCAAGUUUAACCAGGCUUCCUGGUUAAAUUUCAAGUUUCCCAAUUUGGACGUCGGGAGAAAUGUGGUUUAAAAAAUGAGCAAGUCUGUUCUGAAGCCAGGCAGCAAUGAAGAGAAAGCUCAUUGCUCAUUAGCACUUCAACAAACUCUGCUUGGUUAGAAAGAGAACUGGACUGUUGCUUUGUGUUAUGUGAAUAGUCAGUUACCACGUAUUAAAUGUUCAGUGGUGAGAAGUACAUGUUGGAAAAGUCUACUUUACUCUUGCUUUCCUACCCAGCAGACUCACAGGGCGGCUUACAAAUUUCCAUCUAAAACAAUCUGAAAUAGAUAUCAGAUGCUUAACUAAUUUCAUUUAUUAUUGAAAGAAAAGCAGCUAUUCAAAUCUCAAUGAAAUGUAGGAUUGUGCUGAAUUUUAUAACCAUCUGAUUUAUGUAAUUCGUAACCUAAAGCGUUAAAGUCUUGUGACAGAGAGAAAAGAUUCCUUGGCACUUCCCCCCCCUCUUAAGUCCUAUUUUGGGUAUCAAAAUUGAUGAGAUAGUACUUAUAGUAGGGCUUUUUCUUAAUGCAGUGUGUUCUCAUGAAUGCAGAGACUAUUAAAAAGCAACAUAAGAUGUAUCCUACCUACAUCUUAACUGUGAUAAAUAUUCCAGUAGGUUUAUAAUUUAACUGUAUACUGGUUCGAUUCAUUCCAAGAAGGAAACGUACAAACCAGUGGCUUAUCCUCAGUCCUUUAACUGGUUUGUUGUUGUUUGCAAGAACAUCAAGGUUUGUGCUACUUCAAGAAAUGAAGUCUGUGCUACUUCAAGAAAUGACUUCACACAUGAAAGUAAUUUUUUGUUGUGUUCUUUGGGCUCUUAUUAUACUGCAUCCAGGGACGCGGGUGGCGCUUUGAUCCAAACCACUGAGCCUCUUGGGCUUGCCAAACGUAAGGUCGCCAGUUCGAAUCCAUGUGACGGGGUGAGCUCCUGCUGCUCUGUCCCAGCUUCUGCCAACCUAGUAGUUCGAAAGCAUACCAAUGCAAAUAGAUAAAUAGGUACUGCUGCAGCAGGAAGGUAAACGGUGUUUCCGUGUGCUCUGGCUUCUGUCACAGUGUCCCAUUGCGCCAGAAGUGGUUUAGUCAUGCUGGCCACAGGACCUAGAAAGCUGGCUGUGGAAAAACGCCAGCUCCCUCGGCCUGAAAGCGAGAUGAGCGCCGCAACCCCAUAGUCACCUUUGACUGGACUCAACCGUCCAGGUGUCCUUUACCUUUACCUUUACCUUUACUGCUUCUACGUUUGCCCUCCUCUUCCACUUCUUCUAAGAUAUAGUUGCCUUGUUCCCUUGACAUCUGGGGGGCAGUAACUUGAGUUUAUUUUGAAGUUAUUCAUUUGUCCACCUCCAAAAGUAGUUUCCACGAGCGUAUGUCGGAUUUACAAAACACUCGUCACAUAAAUGUUGGUUAUAGUGUGAACGUAUCUCGUGAUGAGUGUUUUUAUUUGUAAUUCAUUUACUACGGGAAGAAAAUGGUUUGCAAGCUAAAUGGCAGGAGAAGGAUUCUUCGGUUAUAUGGGAAACAGUGUUUAGGCGUGUGUGUUUCACAAUCAGACUAAUGAAGAAAAAUAAUAUAUAUUGUUUGUACCCUGCUUCUAGGAGCUGCUGUGCAGUAAGGUUCGAGGAGACCUAGUUACGUUAGAAUGUGACACUGUGUGCAAGGAAAUGAAACGGAAAGCUUCUGAGGUAAUUUUCCUUUUGUGGUGCAAUAUAUCCUCACUGCUUCAAGAGACUCAUGCAGAGUUAUUUUCUAAAAUCAUUGUGCAAGAAAUAGAAUGCAAUUAAAUCCAGUGUUCCCUGUUCAACAGCUGUUACAUGUUAAACUUUGCUUUUUAUGUAUUUUGGAAAGUUUGUCAUCUUGCCUUGCUGUUUAUGAUAAACUGUUAAGACUAUGAGCCUCUACACUUGCUGUAUUAGAGUAAUGUUGCUUAUGUCUCUUGCUUCCUACCUUUCCCCCCCAGUUUGGAAUGUUUCUUGAAGAAGGUACACAUUCAUUCAGUUGGGGCCUAGGGGGCAUGAAAUGAGUUGCCCUGCCUUGUUCAGUUUGUUAAUUUGAAGUUAGGAUAGUGUAAUGAAUACAUCUAUUUAAAGUUCCAAAAAUCUGAUAACUAGUUUAAUGCUCAUGUGUGCGCACAUGCUUCUCUUGAUCUCUUACCACUUGAUGACUACUUGGCUGGAUAUGAGAGCAAGUUGCAUCAAAAAGAACAAGGAGUUUUGUGGCACUUUAAUGAAAUUUGUUUUGGCAUAAGCGGACUGCAGUCCACUUCAUUAGAUACAUGGUGUUAUCCUGAGUUGGGGAGAGGGAUUGCAAACCGCGGGGUCAACUAGAAACAACAUGCAGAAAAGGGUAGACAACGAAGGUUUUAUAAUUAACAGUGGAAAUUCACAAAGCAGCUGCUGAUAAACACAGACAUCCUGUCAUCAGUAAGCAAAUACACUUAGUGUGCCAAAAUAUUUUUGUCUGUGUUCAGUCCAGAAGUGAUCACAUUGAACCAUGUAGUGUAUUAUAAUUAAGUUGUUUCAUAUUGCCAUGUCCCUUUUAGUUUCUUGACCCAGGAUAACUAGUCAAAGGUCACUUACAGGGUGUCCUGGGAAGUUGACAUAUUUCACCACUUUUGAAAAUUGCAAUUUCUGAUACCAUUUUUGCAUGUUGUUGUUGUUGUUGUUGUACCCCGCCCAUCUGACUGGGUUGCCCCAGCCACUCCAGGUGGCUUCCAACAUACAUAAAAACAUAAAAAACUACACAUUAAAGUAAGGAACUCUGUUAAGGGAUGGAAGAAUUGGCAUCUUCAGGAGGCAUUGGGCCGAAAGCCACAUGUGCUUACACAGAUAAGAGCAUGUGCAACACAGAUAAAACAUAAUAUGCAAAGAAUGUAAUAAGAUUUCCACCUGACUUUUUGGUAAUGCAAAGAGAAAAGAAAGCCAUAGAUCUGGUGAGGCAAUGUAUUCUGGAUUUAGAUUUCCAGAAAUUGUUUGCAGACAUUAAUGUACCUAUAACAUAUCUCCCCUCUACUCAAGUCUGGAUGUUGAAAGUUCUCUUCCACAUACGUAACAAAACGUAAUUAUCCAAAGUGUAAAAGAGUGAUUCCCUUAACAGGAAUGAAUUCCUUUCCUUCUGCAGUUAGAUCAUGAUGAUCAGAGGGCAGUCGACUUGGAGGAGCACUGGUAUCAGUGUGGACAGCCAGAGUGCUGAAGUGCAGUUCUGUAUAGCUAUCCAGGAUAGAAAUGUAUGUAUAGUAAAGUGGCUGAGAAAAAAGGACUGGGGAGAAAUGGUCUUCCUGCUGACAGCCCAGACCCAUCAAAUAAUAUUUUAUUUAGUCAGCUUCCUAGCUGCAGUCCUUUGCAGUCCUUUCUAUUAAAAAGUAAUGGGCCAAAUCUCACAUGGUUGACUGCCAAUGUGAUGAACAUGGGGAUGAAAGAAAGAGGAUGGGGGGAAGCUGGAGGCUAAGUCUGAGUUAAAAGUACAGAGUUAAACUACAAAUAUUUGUAGCAUUUCCUUUCCUUUGUGUAAUGUACUAUUGUUUGUUAGUAUUGGUGUAGUGUAGAAAGCUGGGUGUAUUGUUUUUUAUCAUGUUUUUGAACAAUUUAUUAUGCCCAGUUGAUGGCCGCUGGCUAACUAAAAAAGACUGGGCAAAAAGUUGCGUGUAUAAUUUUGGCUACCUGAGCAUGGGUGAGGGAAAAACUGUAAAAAUGCAAAUUAUGCAUGAAUGGAGGGGAGUCCUAGUACAGGUGUAUGAUGGGAGACUCAGUAUUUUGUAGAUGGAAAAGAGCUGGAAUGUGAAAAAGGAAAUGUUUCAGUCUGUCUGCAAGCAUAGCAUUAGUUUGGUUUGGAAAGAGGGCAACAGAUAUGACAUUGAUGAUAAAUUAAAAUUUUUUACCACUCUUCAUCUGAACAAUAUAGGGUGGUUCACAACAUAAAAAUACAAAAUGAGAACACAAAAUGCAUAAUAAAAUAAAACAAUUAUACCCCACUCCCACAAUCAAUUUAUAAAGGUCAUAGAAUGUUACUCAGCCCAAGGCAUGGUGAUAGAGAAACAUUUUUGCCUGACGCCUAAAGGUAUGUAAUGAAGGAGAAUGAUGAGACACAAGGAGAAUGUGAGGGAAAGUUUUGGAAGUCAAUACAGUGGUACCUUGGUUUACGAACUUAAUCCAUUCAAGAAGUCCGUUCUUAAACCAAGGUGUACUUUCCCAUAGCAGCGGGGGACUCAAUUUACAAAUGGAACACACUCAACAGGAAGCGAAACAUGUUCUUAUUCCAAGGCAAAGUUCACAAACCAAAACACCUACUUCUGGGUUUGCAGUAUUCUUCAUCCAAGUUGUUCAUAAGCUAAGCUGUUCUUAAACCAAGGUACCACUGUACUAUUCAUGGCUUUUUAUAGCACACAAUUGUGCUCUUGUUUCUGCUUGUGUACAGUUUGCUUCUGUUCAGUUAAGUUGGAAUUACUGAAACCCAAAGGCGCUUUCAGUUUCUGUGUGAAGUAUAUGGUACUUGAAAUACAAUAUAUAAUUGAAACUAAAUGAGCUUCCUUGCCAGAGGAAGGGCAGAUGUUUUCUCUUUAUUUACUACCGUUAAUGUUGAAGUGCUCAAUAUAUGUGGUUCCUAAGGGUUUACAAAAGAUGUUAAAAACCAAAAUAUGAGUACUUGCCACAAAAUAAAGCAAUGGAAAAGUUUCUGCACACUAGCAAAAACAAGAGAGUGUGGUAAAUCUCCAGGGAAAUCCUGCGUAAAGGGCAUGGGAAAGGAAGUACCGUUACCCCCUCCAAAAAACUGCACAUGGAAAGGUGUUCCAGAGGCUGGGUUAUACCACUGAGAUGGCCCACUUCCUUGAUGUCAUUAUGUGAUAUUUCACUGAUUGUAUCCUGAAGAUCUUGAUGAUUGGCUUGGGAUGUAUAAGGGGAGGCAACAAGUCUCUAAAUAUUAUUGUGUCUGUGAAGCUGGGCAGGGAAUUUUCAGUUGUGUAAAAUAACAGGCCCACUAUUUAAAAUACUGUGUAGUUCAGUUUAAGCUAUUUAAUUUAAAGGUGUCUUCACCGUACUGUAUUCAGCUCCUGCUGAAAAUAAUUCUUGUAAGCCUACCCAGAUGCUUAGAAAGUUGAGGUGAAUUGUAAUUUGUUUUUUGGUAUUUUAACAUUUUGCAUGUUUCAAAGUAUUGGAAUCCCGCCCCCUUGAUUUUCUUGUUUUAUCUUUUUGUGAACCACUUUGAAGUUUGUUUGUUUUUUAAUCAAGCAGUCCAUAGAUUUUAUGGAACAGAAAUAGAUAAAAUACCAUACACCACUUAUAAUACUGUGCAUUAUAAAAAAACAACAGCCACACACCUAACUGCUUUACAGUGUCUGUCUCAAAGUAGUUCAGAGCUUGGUGACUUUCUCCUGGCCACUUAAUGAGGUUCCUGGUCAGCUGGCCUCUGCUCCUUACAACAGUUUAUGACUCAAAAUUUCAUCAAGCGCACCACAAUGAGUUCUUGAAGGAGUAGGAGUCCAUAAUAUAGUGGUAACAACAUGCUUCAGAAUAUUCGGGAUCUCAAGUAGCGUGACUGGGGAAAACCUCCACAUGCACCUUUGAGGAGCUGUUUGUGGACUACACAAUGCAAGUCUCAGUAUAGGAACAUCUCAUAUAUUCACAUGAACCCCAGGGAAUAGCAUAUGUUCCAGUUCAUAUAAAUAACAGGUAAAUGAGAGGGGGCUUUUUUUAAUGGCAGCCCUAUCACUUUGGAGUUCCCUUCAGAGAUGUGCAGCUGGGCCCCCUUGGGAUGUGUUCAUCCGCAUCGUGAGUAUUUGCCUGUUCCACACUGCCUUUAUUUGAAUCCAGAUGCUGUCCUAUAUUUGAUCCGUGGUGUUGUGUGGGAUCGUUUCAUAGCGUUGAAUCCUAAGUUUUAAAUUGCUUUUCCGAUUUUAAUGGUGAACAGCCUUAAGAGGGCCAAGGCCUUGAAAGGCAGUGUAAGAAUAACUAAAUAAAUGAACAAAAGUGUAAUGAUGCUUCCAGCAAUUAACAGGGGAGCAAAUUUGGGUGCCCAGUGCGUGUGACCUCAUGACGUCAUGUUGUGGCGUGACCUCAUGACCUCAUGUGCACCCCCCUGCCUCAGAACAUAACUUCUUGGCACUGGAAGUCAGGUUCCAAGGUCUCGUGAGUUGCAUCAGGGGCCCUGUUUGGGUGCUGAGCACCCACAACAAAUUUUUUCUGGGUGCUCAGGCACCCCUAUAGUUGGUGCCCCUGGCAAUUAGUAAAUUGUAGCUUAUUAUGUGCUAAGCAUUAUUAUUUUUAUAUUCACACAGAUUAAAGAGGCCGAGGCCAGAGCUGCCCUUGAAGAGGAAAAACGAAGACAACAGGUACCCACCAACUCAGUCUUCUCUUAAAGUGCAGAAAACGCUAGGACUGUAAUCCUACAUGUAGUUUGGGCUGCUUAAAUUUCAGUGAAGGCAACUGAACGCAGAAUGAUGAGCUCACAAAAUUCUAGUUACAGUACUAUUGUACCAUGCAGGUAAAGUUUUAAUAUGCACUAUUUUAAGACACAGUUGAAAAAAGAUGACACCUCUCCUUUUUACAACAUUUAUUUUUAUAACUUUCUGCUUUCCUCCUAUCCAGGCUGAGCUGGAGGCUUUUGAGAACAGGCUAAAAGGUCGUCGGAAGAACAAGAGAAAAAAGGACGAGGUUGAAGUUGAACUAUCUGCAUGGCAAAAAUAUAAGAACAUGAUUGUGUUGCCAGUAUGUGGAGCUGCUGUCGUAAUGCUUGCGUGGUUCAUAGCCUACAAUGACUAAACUAUUCCAUUUCAAAACACCUCAAUAUGAUUAUAGAAAGCUAACUGCUAAGAUGCUGUGAUAUAAAUUAGGAUUUAAUGUUCAGUUGUAUAGGUAGCGACUGAUUGGCACGUAAGCGGGGCCCAUGUAAGGCCGCCCCACCCUGUUGAACCCUUUUUGUGAUGUUUUUGUGUCAGUUCGGGAUUGGCACAAUACGGUUGUGCACAUAUCGGACGCACCUGAUAUGGUUGCUGCCUGUAGUUCGUUAUAAUUUUCCUGUUCAUUUAGAGAAAGCUAGAACCAACCCCAGAUCCUAUACUUUGCUCCCAAAUCAAUUUAAAAUAUUGAGGUGACUCGAUUGAAAGUUCUACAGUAUAGUUGGUUGAACUGUGCUAAGCAAUUGUGCCAGAUUAUAUUUUUAAAGUCUAAUUUGAGAACCACCGAGUACCAUUCUUGUCAAUAUCCAUUUGUUUUGUUCCACCUGCGCACCAGAUGAGCACUUGGUUUGUGUAGUCAUUUUUAACCUUGGCAGUUGGAAGCAGGAAAUGGUUGGUUUGAUACUGUCACAGAUGACCAUGCCUACUCUCUGUUGGAGGAUGCUUGAAACUCUGAUCCCGUAAGAUGUAGUUCCUAUAGCACACAUGUACACUACAGCAUAGUCUUGCAUGAAAAAGCACCCUUGUUUGGUUCCGAUCAUAUGCAAGGACUGGGUUGUGAAUCAUGCUGUUAUCUGAAUAGAAGACAAUGUUUUAAUGUUUUCAUCUUAGCUAUAUUAAUGUGGGUCUUCAGAAUAAACCAUUAAACCGUUCUUGAUGCUGAGCAGUCCUAGUCAUACUUUGUCAAACGUAUCUUUUAAAAUACAAUACGGGUGUUCUGUACCUCCAAGAGUUGAAGAGUUUUUGUUGAAUAACAUAUUUCUAAAGGGAAGUUGUCAGAUUUUUCUUCAGGACCUCUUGCAAAACUGGUCAUAUGCAAGUUGUCAAUUUUAUUUACCUUUUAUUUCAAGUUCUAUUUUUUGCUAGUAAAAAGAAAAUAGUAUUUCAGGAUAUUGCUCUCCCUCUGAAAUGUAGCUUUCUCGAAGAAAAUUUACAUCAAAUAAAUUCGUAGCUGUGUUUGCUGUGUGUAAAGUGGCAUUCACAAUUUAGAAAAGAGUGUAUGUACAUGUGGCAAGUUCAUAAUUAGUUCAGGUGUGCAGAUACAUAGAAAAAUAUGAAAUGUUGUCUUAAGCAGAUGCUCUCAGAGCUGGAAUUUAAAUAUCAAAUCAAGUAGCAAAUGUCCUAGCUAACCUGUUCAUUGUUUCUGUUUACAAAUUGACACCCCUGCUUUCAACCCUUCAAAAGUGAACAAUAAACUUUACUCCUGAACUACUUUUGUAUUUAAUUUUUUAGUGACUAUUGUCACAUCAAAUGAGGGAGUGCAAGUUCUUCUGACUUGCUUGCUAGUGCUUAAAAUGCUAAAUAAAUAUUACUGAUUAUUAAUUUCCUGUCUAAAUUUGGUCUUUGUAAGAAUUACCUAAAUCCAAGCUCCGAAUCUUGGGCAAACAUCCCAGGUGAAGUCUGGUAGGAAUGCCUUUUGGAUACCUUCAGAUAAUCUGAAAUUGAUAUUUUCACAUAUUUCCAGCAGUGGGUCUUAUCUACUUAUGACGAUUACACAUAAGAUAAAUAUAUCUACUGUUCAGGGAUAUUUUUAUCAGAUGUAUGCUGGCAGAUUCUAAAACGUUCUUUGGAAAGGAAAACCACAAAAUAUUGUAACUUUGGACUUGUUAUAUUUACUAAAGAGUACAGUUAUUUUUGUUUUUCCAUUGAUUAAAGAAAGUAACAUGAAGAAAUCCAUCCUGCAAUUGUACAUUUUAAGAAUUCUAACUUGGUCAGUAGCUCACUUCCUAGCCACAUGAAUAAUUGAUACUAAUAUCACCUUAGGCUGUCAGAUUUCACUUUUAGGAUAUGUUAGCAUGAGUCAUUUAUUUUUGUACUGUUAUAACAAAAAAGAGAAAAUCCGUCUGUCAGUGUAGAUAAAUAGUGGAAACUGAUACCUGUUUGAGUCUUACUAUGUAUUAUGUGUGUUAGUAAAUCAGCAUUCUCUUGGUUUGAAUGUUGAUGAGAUUUGUUAGCUUCUCAACACAAAUAACUGGAAAGCUAAAAGGUUUUCACUACUUCAGCACUUGUAUUAAAACAUUUGUCUUUGUUUAUGUGUAAAUGUACCUUCAUUUGAAAGAGGUAAUUUCAAAAUUACCAUCCUUUAAUGUUUUGGAUGUUCAGCUGAGUGGAAGAUGAGAAAAGCAGGCACAAUUUCAGUGUGGGGUAAGGCCUUCAGAAUCACUUGCCAUUUCUUGAUAUGAAUGAGAGGGGAGCAUAGCUAUAUACUUUGCACGCAGAACAUACCAGGUUUGGUCUCUGGCAUCACCAGUUGGAAAGAUCCCAGUUUGCACAGGACAGUUUGCACAAGACCACUUCCUGAGAUUCUGGAGUGGCAGAUUUCGAUGUUAUGGCUGCCACCAGGUCUUCCGCACCAUGAAAUAACAUAUUUUUGUACUGGGCAUUCAGUUCAAUAUAGCAGCUAGAAAAUCUCAGCUUUCAUCUUUUGAUAACGUUUCUAAGCUACAGUAUAUGACUAUAAAGUUCAGAGUUGAAAGUGUGUGAACAGUGCUGGUGAAAUCAUAGGAAUUGUAGAGUUGGAAGGGACUACGAGGGCCACCUAGUCCAGCCCGCAGCAAUCCAAGAAUCUUUUGCCCUAUGUGGAGCUGGAAUCCACAACCCUGAGAUUAAGAGUCUCAUGCUCUACUGACUGAGCUAUGUUAUCUUGGGGCAGUGGUGGUGAGCUGACUGGAUAGUGCUCAUUUAAAUGGGGCUUCCUUUUACAGCAGUAGCUCUUUUGCUUCUCAAGGUUAGCAGAAUAAAUUAUAUGAAAAGAAGUAAAUAUAAAUGUGUUCAUGUGUUUAUAAUUUUACACAUCUCAGAAUUCCGUUUUUCUAAAUUUAGGAAUCUCCUGUGUUAGAGCUGCAUAAGCAGAAGCUAAGAGGAAAUCAGUAGUUUUGCAGGUAUCGUAUUGUGUGUUUGCCAGUUGUAUGUUUCACAUACCCAAAUAACAAUAAAAAAUAGGCCUGUGACGAGUUUUCAAGAAAGUAGGGGAGGGGGGUAGUGAUUCACAACACAGUAAGCAUGGCCAAUAAUCUAAACUGGAAAGAGAGCUCAGUCC